CACCGUCGUCGCCGCGCCGUCCGAUUUUCUUCCGACCGCGGAAACCGUCGCCGCCGCCACCGAUCAAGCGGCACGCGCUCACUCGCCAGCCGCACCGCUUUCGACGCAGAGGGUGUUUGCCGUUAGCGUUUAUUGUUGUUAAUUUUCGUUUUUCGCAAUUAUUAUCCAUACACUCGCGGUAUUUUCACAUUAAAAAAAAAAAACGCUUUUGUAAAAAAAUCGUAUUUUUUUUUUCGUCCUUUCUACGAGUACGUGUAUUGCGUUUUGUUUGACAGCUUGUCGCGCCCGUCGAAUUUCGUAAUUUACGCCGCUGGACCGUGCCAAAAAUCACCGAGCACUACGCAUUCCUGAGGUACGUUACUUCGGUAUAUUUUAUCAUACUUGUAUACUUUAUUCAUAAUAUUAUUAUUACUAUUAUUAUUAUUAGUAAGUAUUUUUUAAAUUUUUUUUUGGUCACGAAAACGGAAACAUAUGUUGUAAUAAUGCAAGAGUAUUUUGUACAUAGUGUAUGAUAGACGCACACAUACACACAAGCGCUCAGUUUUCCUCGAAUCAUUAUUAACGUUUUUCAGCUUGAGGAAAACUACGAUUAUAUGAAUAUAUAAUAUACUAAUACACCCCCGUAGGUUUUAAGUAGGUAAGUGGGAUACAGAGUAUUCGAAUGUUGUAGGUGGGUAGUUGGAAAAAUGAGGCACACAAAGUUGGUUUAUUCAUAUCCGUUAGCUACGAUAAAUCACUGUUAACGAAAAACGAUUCUGAGUGAAGUUCGGUUAUACAUGUUUUUAAAUGCCUUUAUAUUUAUGAUUUUCUGAGAAAAGCGAUCGGAAAGUAGGAAAAUUGAAAAUCUAUUGGUGGAUUCCUUAUAGGCCGCAAAUUUACAAGAAUUUUAUGAAAUGAUUUUCGAUAUUUGUCUACUUUUUUCUCCAGUUCCAAAAGCCAGAAUUUGACUUAAUAAUUUUAAUUCUGGAUAGGCAACACUAAUGGCGUUAACAGUAAUGUCGUACUGCAUAAAUAAAGACGACUCACAGACGCUUCCCAUAGAGAAUCAUUCCUGGAUGCAUUAAACGAAAAUUUACCGCAAAAUCUAUGAAAACCUACUUCGUUCCCUGCACCCUCCUCUCCACAACCUAACCUAACCGGGUGCAUAUUACUAUACUGCGAAGGAUUGUGACGGCUAAUAAAUUCAUAAAAUGUACCGAUAUACUCAGAUAAUAUACUUAAAAUAUAAUAUUUACAAUAUAUAUCUGUAAACAAAUGAGGGCAAAUGAUAAAUUUUAAAAAAAGUUAAUUUUUUAACAUAUUAUUAAUAUCGUAAUUUUGCGUAAAAAUAUGUCUAUUUUUUUUCCACGCAAUUUUUCUCACACGCACAUCUUAGUCGAGCAUAAUUUACAAAACCGUACCAUGCAUAUUGUAGGUACUACCCCAUAUGCCACAAUCCUGAACUUUACUUAUAAUUUUUUUAAGAACUUUAUGAAAAAAUUAGUAACUUUAUAAUACAGCCUAUGUCUGUCCGUCAGUAACCAUUUUAACAAUGCGCAAUAAUAUAGAGCCGCGUUUCUUAAAGUGUGUUCCGAGGAACUAAAGAGUUCCAUUGAACAAUCACAAAGGUUCCGCACACACCUUACGAAUUUCCCUAUGGCCUUAUGUCUUUUCAGCUAAUAAUAGUUAAACAAACUGAGGUUGAAUUAGAGUCGGGAUUCCGCGAAACACAAUUUAUUUUUUAAGGGUGCCAUGCCGUGGCUGUAAAAGAUUAGGGACGUUAGAGUUUAAGUCUGGAAGGUAUUUUUACAAUCGAUUCCGACUAUCGAAAUGCAACAAAACCGACUACUAUACGAAGCGCGAUUUUUAUAAAUUUCGUUUUUUUUUAUGGAUAAUAAACAUUUGAAUUCCAGAAAUUUUGAUUUUUGUUUUCCUGGGUUAAAAUUCGACAGCCAUCGCACGUAUUUUUGUUCGCACAAUUAUAAUUUAACAUUUUCAAUGACUUGACGCAACUUUACUGGAUAGUUAUACAUUAUAAUAUAGGUAGGUAAUAAUAAUAUUAUAUGAUCACGAAAAUGCGUUUGUCCAUAGUUUGCCGAUAAUAAAUAAUUUUAUAAUUAUUUUAUAACUACCUAGAGUAAAAUGCACCAGUUGCUCUCACCUGUCAUAAAAUAGGGGGAAUAAAUUUUCAAGCAAAUACAUAUAGUAAAAUAAUAAAUACGAUAAUUUCAAUGAUAGUAAUAAUUGGCAUAGGUAAAACAAAAAAAAAAAAAAACUGGAAUAAUGAAAAUAUUGUAGAAUAUGCGUAUUGUGUAUAGAGUCUAGUUAUUUACUAUUAUGUACCCAGUUAUCGGCUAACGACAAUCGUUACUUGUCAUAUAGGUAUACAAUUUUUCAUGUUACCUAAAUUUACCUGUUUUGGUAAAAAUUCCCCUUUUUGUAAUAUUUUACUGAUUUAUUUUAUACGGUAAAUACAACUGGUACAUUUAUUUAAGGGAAACUGGUAUAUUGGGUUGAGGUUACUUGUACAUUUAAUAAUGGCGAAAACCGAUCAAAAUAAUAAUCACAUUUUAAUGAAAUCCCAUUUUACUAAUUUUGGUAGUAUUUUCAUCGAUAUACUCAUCAUAAUUCGCAUAAACACGUUUUUCGUAAUAGAUAUGUUUUAAAUUAAAAAUUAUACUUAGUUCCAAUAUAAUUGAAAAUUAUUUAAACUUGUAAAUUUACUAGAUGUUCAGUCAUAUUACGAAUUAUUAAAACUAUUUACAAUAUUCUUUUAUGAAUUGAAUAUUUCUUUAUAUUUUUAAAUUUAGUAAAUUCAUCAAUAAUCUUUGUAAAACCUUAUAUCUUUUAAACUCCGAACUGUACUCCCUUUUAAUUGGUAUCAACGUUAAAUUAAUUAUGAAAACGUGGAGACGGCAUAGAUGCUAGUAAAUAUGUUUUCAUUCUUUUCGCCGUAGAAAAAACCUACCCGGCUUACUUGCUGUAUACACCACUGAGAUUAAAUAUUUACGGAGUUGACAAUAUAUUAUUAAAAUGUAAUCAAAAAACAUAUAUACACGCAUGAAUGAUUUUGAUUUUUAUUUGGGGAACCAAAAAUGUUCCUUUAUUAGAAACGAGGAAAGAAACAAUGUCUUUUCUUAAACCUUGGAAUUAGUUUGAUUUUAACACGAUGAACGUGAACUUAUUCCUUAUUUAAAAGGAACUUUCCAAACACUGAUCUAUAUGGUAAUAUUAUUCGUAGGCCGUUAUAAAAUUUGCAUUCCUUCAUUGUACACAUUGGUCUGCAGUGCACUUUUUGUCGUAUAAUACUGCGUGAUACAAUGUAAUUCAUUAUACGUAAAAAAAAUAUAAAUAAGCAAAUUAAAAAAACAAACUGACAUAAAUACUUUACGCGAUGGGUGGGCCACUGGUGUGGGUGAGAAAUUGGGGAGGUAGGAGGAAAUUUAAUGUAUAUCUGUACUCAAAUGUUAAUCAUUGUUUACAAAAAACGUGUCUGAGCGGAGUUCGGUUAUACAUGUUUUGAAAGGCCGUAAUACAUACGAUUUGAAAAUAGUGCGUUUCGUACAUUUUCCCGUUUUUCCUACGUUGUUUCCAGGUACUUCUCAUUUAUUACGAAAACUCCUAGGAAAAAUCAAAAAAAAAAAAUGACCUAGUUAAAGUACCACCCAAGUCAGAUUUCCUUUCAGUAAAAGUGCCACGCUUGUAAAUGAAAGCGAAAUUUAUCGCAUAGAAAAAUUGUUCACGGAUAAGAAACAAAAAAAAAAAAAAUAAACAACGUAUUGUAAAACCAAUACGUGCCUCACUGCUCCCAGAAUCUAAAAUAGGCGUGUAUACAAAUUAUAACGAUAUAAUAUACGUGAACCGUGUGGAUAAUACAAAUCGCGCGGUUUCUGAUCGUCUUCCGGUAGAAAUUAGAUAAUGUCGCAUAGUGUUACACGCGGCCGCCGUCGGCCCGUUUGCGAUUUCUAAUCGACAGACAUCAGUUAAUAGCCGAUGCCGUUUAAUUGCUGCCGAGUAUUUUACGCCGGGCAGACCGGUAGGCAGGCACACGUAAACAAAACUCGUAGUUUUACGCGAUUACGCGCGGUGGGUGGACCCGCGCUGACGAACACACACGCGCGCGCGCGGCAUAUAAUAAUUACUAUAUUAUUACGCGUGUGAACAAAUUGUAUACAUAUCAAAUAUGUAUUAAAAGCCGGACGAACCCCGCACGGUGGGCGGGGCCGGUGCAGCACGUGAAAUGUUCGAGAGGUGUCCAUGAUAUUGGGAAUAAUUAAUUUACUUAAAGCGCCGAUCGAAUUAUUGCAAUCGAAAAACGAUUCGCGCGCGGAGUAACAAAUAAUAUAGGUACUAUACCUGUAGUGUUGAUCGCGUGUUUUCCUCCCGGUUUCUCCAAUGUUGCCCUGCAGAAAUCAACGAAAACAAAACCGACUGCACGUCGACAACUGAUGUGUUGUAAAACUAGACAUUCUGUUUUCUAAUAAAACUGCAUGUAAAGUAUCCAUUUUUUUUUUUUUUUUGUUGUACGCCGUGGAGUAUUUUCAAUCAACCGAAAAAACGUUAUUCAAAGAAAACACACACACACACACACACGCACGAAUCUUAUUAAAACUAAUUGGUUCUCCGCUACAUUCUGCAGAAUCUAAAACCUGAGUUAGAACUGCGGAAAAUAUCACGUCAUUCGUCUACUGCAGACGGCAUUGGUACGAGUUUUCUCUUCCCCGUACGUACCGCACAAUAAUUUCGCAGACGUUUCCAAAUCGAUUACUGGCCGGACAAUUCCAUAUUUUAAAUCGUAUUUUAAUUGCAUUUUUUUUUUCACCUGCUUAUAUAAUUGUGAUCCCGAGGACGACCGCAUGUAUCGCCCACGACACGGACAAUUUUUAAUAUUUAUAUGUAGAAUGUAGAUAACUAGUAUAAAUAAAAGUAUUUUUCAGGUGUCUCGGACCAAUAAAUCAGUGCUGAUAAAUAUAAAUGUAUCGGUUUAAAUUCAAAGGGGAUGAUCAUCUUCGACGUAUUUUUACUUGAAUUCCUAUUUAUUAUAUUAUACCAAUUUACCAUCAUAUGUAUAUUUGACUUGACCAUUUCUUCUAAAAUUUAACUUAAUUCCCUGUUAUCAUGACAUUUCUAAAAAUUAUAAUUAAUAUAAUUUUAUUUCCCGAAGCAAAAUUUGGGUAAAUGUUAGUUUUGUUAUAAUCAUGUCAAAAAAAUUAACAACAUAUUUAAUCAACUCAAAAAUGUUAAUUUUGCUUUCGGAAAUGUUUACAUUAAUUAUUCCCAUACCGCUAUUACUUUUGCAAUUAUUUGUUCGAAAACUCAUUGAGAAAACCCCCUUCCCUCCAAAAAUAUACCUAUUAGGUGCCGUUUUUAAAAUGUAUAGACGAUAAGGUUUGUGAGGAAACUUCACUGGCGACAUUUUACAAUAAUUUAUUCUCGAAAUAUUUAUUCAACUCGUUUGCAUAUGUAUACAAAAAGCCGUAUAAAUUUGUACAAAUUACUACCAAAUGGAUAGUUAUUUUUGUUGAAUAUUCCAUAUUUUAAAACGUCGACGCGAUGGUUCAUCUCGUACAAUUUAUCGUUUGACUUUAAUAUUAUAUUAGUUCAUAACUGGCGUUUAAUUGGGAAAUUUGUUCGCUCAUUACGGGAGGGGGUUGAGAGAGAGAGAGAGAGAGAGAGAGAAUAUCGCUGAAAUGGAUUUUGAGGAAUGAAAACGGACCAGUCGCACGUCGUACCAGGCCGAGCAUGACGGCAAGGAUUUUCGCGAACGUAUGCCGUCCAACGUGCUCGCGUUACAGAAUAAUAAAUUAACCGUACACAAGAGAAUCAGAUACGACAUAAUAUUAUAAUAUGUGAAUUAUUAAGUCCAUGCAGUCUAUAUGCUGUAUAUUAUAAUAUGCAUAAUAUAGCGUAAUAAGCGAUCCAUAAUAUUUCGGGUAUCGCGAGCGAUCCAUAGACGUCCUUUGGGAAGGGGCGGAGCAAAACGGGAACAUAUUAUUAUGUCUCCCCGUGGAUUUUCCGUACUCCAACGUAUACCGUUGUAUUCUCCAAGUGGACCGAAAUAUGUGGUCGUGCUAAAAAUCUGCGUUUUUAUUUUCAUCUUGUUCUAUCUAUCGACAAAAAAGAAAAAAAAGUGAAAAAACCAUUCUGGCGGUACUCUACGUUGAAAACGUUUUUCUAUAGAUUCCCAAGAGUGGUUUUUUUCCUAAAUGUUUAAAAAAAAUUAAAAUUUUUUAACGUAGGUGAAGAGACGGAAAUCGAAUUUUUAAUUUUUGAUUUCUACAUGGGAUUUAAUUAAACUUAACAUUUUUUUUUAAUUACGAUUUAACAUUUCAUAUUCAGUAUUCAUUUAAAUUUAAUAUAUUAUCGUAUAUCGUCCAAGCUAUACCCAUCAACAACAUCAACGUGAUACGAAGUACCCAUGUCCCAUCUGGAUUUUUUUUUUUUUUUUUGUGCCAUUUUACAUGAGAGUGAAUAGUUUUCCCUCAAACAUCUGGAUUAUUUCAUUCUUUACGGACUAAUUAAAUGUACAUACGUGCGCUAUUGUUCUACCGUUUGAAAAAAAAUAAAUAAACGAACAAACAACUUUUGAUCACGUAACUGAUGUAAUCUGCGUACGCAUACUAGUUUUAUUUUGAUUAAAAACAAAUAAUUACGAAAAAAAAAAGGUUGCGAACGAUUUUUAAAUGACAGUACCUGAUAAUAAUAAUAAAAUAAUAAUAUACACGGAAUGUACCAAACACUCGUAACCCCUAGUUUUAUACUGAUUUUUUUUUUUUUUUUGUUUUCCAACGUUCAUUUACAGACGCAAUUAUAUUAUGUAACUGAUCGAUGUUUCAAGGCAAUAAUAAUAUUAUUUUAAAAAAUAUUAAAGGUAAAACGCUAUAAAAGUAAAUAGCUAUUAAAACUUUUGUGGGUUGAACUUUCAACACUAGAUCAAGCUUGGUCUACACGUUGAUAUUACUGCCGUGCAGUUGCUAUCACGAUAGUAUGCACGAGAUGGUCAAUUAUCACAAGAGAAAACGUAGUAUUGAAGGCAUGAUAGUGUAUAGAGUGAAUUUUGAUACGAUAACAAUAUGUGAAUUUAAAUCCAUAAACAUAUGUGAAUUUGGUGUUAUCAUGACAAUCAAAUAAAACGAUGUGUACUAAAUAUAUGUCCACACUACGAUGUAUAGUUUCUAUCAUUCUCGAGAUAGUUGUUAUCGUACUAUCGUACAUACACGAAUAGUGCAAUAAUGCGUGCUAGUAACUAUCACGAUAGUGAAUUUCACGGCUAUCACGAUAGCAGCAGUUUUGUGAACUGGACUUUAGUCUCGAUGAUAUUAUUAUAAAUUAAUAUAAUCAUUAACGUUCAUAAAUGAUUUUUAAUUCCGUAAAAAUUAUAAAUUUAAGUUACGAAAUAUUACGAUUUCUUCAAUAAAGAAUAUAACAGAUAAUAAUACGAAUAUACAGUGUGUCCCAGGAAAAUAACACGAUCUAAUAUAAUUUUUUUCGGAAUUGUUUUGUUUGAUGAUUAAAUAAGUAAGUAACUCUAUAAUGUUACAUUACCAUUAUUUGUGAACCGUUUACCUACUUUUGAUUUUUAGGUGACAACUCGAAUUAAAAACUAAUAAGCGGAGUUUAAAUAAUAAGUUCAAAUACAUAAAUCUGGUGUCGACAUUUUCUAUUUCCGUUAACCCGUUGACGAGAUAUUCCACGUGUUUGAACAGUGUUUCGCUACCCACUUCCUACCUGAAAAAAAGUAAAUACUUUCCAAGGUAUCCCAAUGAUCAUAAUGUAUAUUCUUGAUACACCCCUUGAAUCAGAAUAGUAUAUACCUAUAAUACAUUAUUGUACGUAUAUUGUAAUAUUAUUUUUAUUCGUGCGUGUUUUCUCUUCUAUAAUUAUUGUCCCGUUUAGCUUUUCGAAAAUCCGAAAACAAGAAUUGUAUAAUAGAGUUGACUGCAAUAUUAACGUCUAUACGAAAGCCACUUUAGUUUAUAUUAUUAAUAGUACGAUAUUUUAGAUGUUAACAUUUUACAUUGUCCGGAGUUUCGGACGACAACGACGUAUACAUUUUGCCCUAUAUUAUUCCUCCUACUCCCCGCUGUCGCCGACGUCGUCGUUCAUAACACACAGUAUUAUUAUUUUAACAGCUAGUGAAAAUAAUAUCGUAUUUUUUUGGUACGUGAAAACCAUUUUUUUUUUACCAGUUUCUAAAUAGGUACCUAUUAAAAAGAUUCUUUUGAAAACAGCACGUUUUAUAAUAAUAAUCAUCUUCACCCAUAUAUUUUUUAAAUUCGUCACGUCUGACAUAAUAUUACACUAUGUAUACAUAGUGUGUAUACAUAUGUGUGUGUGUGUGUAUAUAUAAUAUAUAUAUUACAAUGGACGUGUACGGAUGUAGGUUGUUCCUGUAUUAAUACUUACGCCUUCGAUCGAUUCGAACUUCCGGAAGAUUACGUGAUAUCCUCUCCCCUCGUGCGCGCGAGCGUAAUGUCUCGUAAAACUGGUUGACGCCUAUGCGAUUACGUCUUAUAGGUGGAAGUGUUACGUUUUGGACACGAUUUUAACUUAAAAACGUCAUUGCACCUAUUAUGCAAACACUUGCUACAUUGUACUAUGGGGAUUUUUUGCCGUUUUUUUAUUUUAUUUAAACGGAAUAGGGUUUUUUGAUGCGCAAAUUCCAAAAAAACAGUUCUAUACGUACUUUCACUACACUAAAUUCUUGAAACGACAACAUAUCAUCGGUGUUAAAAAAAUAAAUUUUUUUAUUCGAAUUAUUUUAUGAUUUAAUCAUCUUUGAUUAGCCAUGUAAAGGUCACCACAGGCCGAGAAGACAGGCGCACACACGCAUACGCACACACACACACACACACACGUGUUAUUCGAAAGUUUUAAAAUGUUAUCUAUAUUUUUAAAUUUGUGUAGAUUAUGACGUAGUUAGUAGUGCCAUACAGGUUUAAAUUCAAAAUUGUAUCGGGAACUGUCCGAGUUCAGCUACGCGUCGCACCGGGCGAAUUGAAAGUACGUGCCAAGUUAUUGUUUGGUGUAUUAAUUUGUAUUGUUGCGGCUCGAAAUAUAUUAUGAGUAUAUAUAUAGGAUGCAGAUUAUAAUGUGAGUUGCGUUUUUUUUUAAAUAUUUGUAAGUAAUGCUUUCCAAGCACAAAAUUUGUAUCAUACAUCAAAGAAUUAAAAUAUGAAAUUUUUAUUUUGCAUUUUUAGAAAUUUUGUUUAUUUUUAGAGCAUUUUUUUGACAUUUUAAGAGCGUUUUAUGUUUAUGAGGCAUUUUUUCUUCUUUUUACAAACUUCAUAGUUUUAUCAAAAAAUUUAGUAACAUUUAUUUUUAUUUCUUCCUAAAAAAAACUUCUUAUUUCUAUAUUUAAAAUUAAUUAUAGAUUUACCAAUUGUACUAGACAAAUACGAUGCCACCUGCAAUAUAGAAAAUUAUAAGAGCUAUUUAUCAAAUUGUAAUGUAGUUAUAUUGCAAUAUUGUCAUUGCCGUAUUUAAUAAAAGAAUAUAUUUUUUUCAAUGUUAAAAAUAAUAUUUAGGUAAUUUUUCAAACUUUCUUUUUAAAUAAGUGCAUUCAAUUUUAUUUUUUUAAGAUAUUUUUCUUGUUCAUUAGAAAAUGCUAAUCUGCACCCUAAUAAUUAAUAAUCAGAUAAUUGUUACACUUGUUUUUCAAAGUGUACACUUUCUAAGUCUACAAUAAUUAUGGUCACGGAUGUAAACAAUAUUGAUACAGAUGAUAUAUAGUACAAGUCCUUACACUUUUUAUACAAUUUAGAAUACUAAAAUGUGUACAAUAUUUUGAAUUUGAAUAGGGGUUCAAUUAUUUUUACUUACAACUGAAACAUUACUGACUACUAUUUCAGUGUUGCUAGUGAAUGGUACAUACUUUUCUAAAAAUGACGGUUCAUUGAUUCUCUAUAGGCCAGUGUAGUCUUCUACUAAAUAAUGUUUAUGAAUGACAAAGUUUCCAGGCUAAUAUUAAAACAAAAAAUUAUUUAAUUAUAUAUAAAAUACAAUAUAGAUGUAUUUACAUAGAAUUUGUUGGAUUAAUUUCUUAUUGGUUUUAUAUUUUUUGUUCUUCCUUUGGCAUCUUUAUUAUUAAUAUAAUUUGUUUUAUUUGUGUUUAUAUCUUUUUGUUUGCCGGUAACCCUAAUAAUAAAUAAUAAAUUAUCACAUAAUCUUAUUUAACUUUGUAUACAAAUAAAUAUUCUUUCCUUUUUGAUUAUUUUUUAGAAUCCCUUUAAUCAUUUUCAACUAAUAAACAAAUAGUAAAAUAAUCAAAGAACACAAUGAAGAGGUUACAGACUUACUUAUUUAAGUCUACAAUAUGUCCUCCUUGUCCAGAUAUCUUCAAUAUUGAUACAGAUGCUAUAUAGUAUAGGUCCUCAUAAUCUGCAUCCCAUUUAGAAUACUAAAAAACGUACAAUAUUUUUUAUUUGAAUAAACGUACAGAUAUUUGAACGUAAAAAUAGAGCCGUAAUUCGUUAUUAAUUGUACCGUUAUAAUUUUUACACUGUUCAUUGUUUAGUUAUCGUAUAUGUGUUGCUGUAAAUUUUUCUGCGUGUGUUUGUCAUUAUUAAUUAAUUAUUUACAUUUUGUUAACAGCAGUAUAGAACGAUUACUACAUUUUGAGUUACCAUUUAUUGAUUGAGUUAUUCUUUGUGUCAUUAGUUUCAAGUCCACACAUACACACACACUCGUCUCACAUUAGCACUCACAGGAAUUGCUUGGCGAAAAAAAUUAACAUCUUAGUGAAACUAUAAGCUUCUUAUCGCUCUACUCAGAAUCUAAAACAAUUGUAUAAAAUGAUUGUGAAUUUAAUAUUUAUUUAUUAGGUAUGUACAGCCCCGAAAAAUGUAUGGCAUAUUAAUUUCUCGGUAUUGUAGAGAAAGUGCCUAGGGUUUCCAAAUGACUUAAUCCGGGCCUGGUCGUCAUACGUCACGUAUAUGGAGACACGCGUACCUAAACCACCUACGGAGAUAAAUGGGUGUCUGCCCGUACAUUUCUCGCGCGUUUCGUUUUGAUUUUCCGACCACGAAGAAAACGUGUCGUGACAAAGUGUGAUUGAUCUAAACGAUUUACACGCGUUAUUUAUCGUAGGUACUACACCUUAUAUCCAAUGAAUAAAUCACGGAAAAAUCACCCGUAUAUAUAUAUAUAUUAUAUAUGGCGUUUUUUUAUUAUAAUGCCGAGAAGAAAACGAAACAUUCUGAAAUCGGAAGUGAUCUACGGCCUUGCGAUACACGUUCGGAAAAUGCGAGUACGCCGGAGACGAUGGUCGAUGAGCCGUCCCGUGCCAAAUUAAAAAUAAUAUAAAACCGAUACGGGACAUUAUACUGCGGGACAACGGCACGCGGAGGCGCUUUGACCUACAUCGCCACGCACAGGGGAAGCAAACUUCAAAUCAACUAUAGCGACAAUUCCGCGCGAUACCUCCCGCACCCGACUCUGUCGGCGAUUUGAAAUUGUUUCACCGUGACUUGUCCUCUUUAUCACCGCCCGGGACGACUAAUCAAAGUCUAAUCUAAUCCAUCAAAUCGUAUCUUAUCAUCGAGGGUUCGGCGAUUCGCACCGAUGGGCAACGGAAAAAUAGACGUAUAUAUAUAUAUAUAUAUAUUUAUACCCACAUCCCGCGCGAUCUCCAGUUUUAAAUUGUAAAGUACGCGGAUACGCAUUUGUGGACAAAUCAUUUUCCUCGUUAUUUAGAGAGUCGAUUUUCAAUUUUCAGUUUCGUGGACACUACCGAAAUUACGCAGAUGUCAUUUUCGAACAUGCCGUGAUAUAACCGCAUUACAUUCGUGUUUAUUUUAUUCACACGGAAUUUUUAAUCGAAAAAUCUAUUUCUUUUCAAAACAACCUAGACAAUUCGUCGACAAAUCGUAGAUAUCCGUAUACGAUAAAAACUUUAUGCCGUCUGUGUUUUAUAAUUAUUUAGUUUCGUUUUGUCGGUUCAAAACUAUACGGCAGUUAAUAUUACGCAUGCACUCGUAUGCCGAACCAUAAAUUAUAUAUUUUAAUCUCGCAGAGUACAUUUUCCUCAUACACUUAGGCACCAUUCGAAUUUUAGAUUAUGAGCGGCCCGACUAAUUAGUUUCGUACUAAAAUAAUUUUUUUCUCGCAAAAUACGUUUUCUACUAGUGAAAAUGUUCCAAAACAUUCAUAUAAAGUUGCAGGUACCUUAUCACCGACUUUCGUCCGGUGUUAUUCAUUUUAAGUUUGCACACCUUGUAUAUAUCCUUAAAACUUAAAAAAAUGAAAAACACAAAUGAAAAUAAUAUAAGUUCAUCGUUUUUAUCGAUUAUACAGAAUAUCAAAACCAAAAUCGAUAAAGUCUGAUUCAGCUCCUAACAUCAAAAUAAUCACUGUAUUCGUUUUCAUCGGUUUAUUAUACCACAAAAUCCUUUCAAUCGAUUUCAAUAAAUAUACUUUUGAACUUUCGAUUGAUAUUUAAUCGAAUAUGUUUUUCGUUUGAUUGGAGAUAAUAGACCCUCCCCAUUUCUCGAUAACGAAAACCAAAUCACACUACCGUACACGCUUGAUGUUAUUUGGAACCUCUAAAAGUCCACUAACCAUUGAAAUUCGUAAAUAGUGUACAGGGCUUAUUCGUCAUUUACCAUUUGGUGACCUAAAAUUGGUCCAGAAUCAUUUACGAAUGAUUCACAGUCUAUAUCGCUCAGGAAGAUAGUAAGAGUAAAAUAUCAAAGAGAUCAAUAAAUCGCGAAAAAUAUAUUAUAUUUAAGUCAGGUUAGCUUAUAUAUGUAUAUAUAACCACUGGUAGUGAGUCAUUAUUUUUUAUAUCCAAAGUAGUUUUCUUGAAAAUUAAGAAAAAUCAAAAAGAAGAAAAAUUAGAUUAUUUCAUAUUACAGAGCAACGAUUUCAUUUUUUAAAAAUAUUUAUUAUUAAAUUUUUCUACCAGAAAUCGUUGUCAAAAUUUUAAGAAUAGUACAUUUUCUGAAAGAAAAUUUUGUCUAGUUUGUAAAUAAGAAAAUCGUUGUUUGAUUUUUAGUGCAGUUUAUCUAAUAAUUACGAAAAACCAUGUAAAAGCAUAAGAAAUACGGCAAAGUGUAGUGCAACAUUUAGAUUUUUUGUCACUAAUCGGUUAAAAAGUAUUGCAGAGAUCUGCAGUUUUGACGAAUUGCUUAUAUAUUUUGGGCACCCAUUCCCAAUAUGGUAUCAGUUGUUUUUCUUAAUUGAUUUUAGGAAAUCCGUAAAUUUGUUGAGACUCAAAACACAUAAAUUUAUCCUUUAUCUAAACAAAUGUUCAUUAAUUAUUAUCUUCUAUCUUUAUAUAGAUAUAAUUCGUUUAGUUAUCUAAUCCGAACACUGUAUUGAUUGUCGGUCGGACAACCACCAACGACGACAACUACGAUCAAUGGUCUGUGGCAAAACAAGCUCACCCUCAAAUAAACCCUAGAAACAAUAUAUUAUAAUCUAUACUCAGUAUUCAUCCAUCAAUAUUGUCCAAUGUUCUCGAUACAUCCAGAUGUUUUAUCUUAUUUUAUAUCUGAGUGAAGCGAAGUUAAUUUUUUUAUUUUUAUAUUAUGUAUAUAAUUUCCAUUAAUCAAUGAAUUGUUACAUCAAUGUAACAACAUAAAAAUCUUAUUUCAAAAAAAACACGACAAGACAUUUUUUGAUGCAUUUCGGCUCUUGUUGGUAUUUUGGAAAAAUUAUUUUUUGAAAUUUUCAUUAAUAUUCGAGAUAAUAAGAAAAAAAAAGUUCUUUAGUUUAAAAAAGAUUAAAAGAUUAAUAAUACAAGGUCGUCAUUGGCGACCGUUUUUAUUUAUUUUUUCGUUAUUGUUUUAAUAUUUUUCAAACAAUCGUUGUCGUCGUGAAAACGCACAUUGCUGACAGAGCAAUGCAUUUGACCGGGCUCCGCUCAGAAUCGCCUUUCGUUAGUAUUGAUUACUCGUCACGCACAAAUGAUAUUCAAAUUAAAUUCCCCCGUUUAUCGUGCGUUCCCGAUUUCUCACCUACAACAGUAGUCCACCCGCGGCGCGAAAUAUAAAAAGACCGACGGUCUUUUUAUUAAAAUGUUAUUAGUAGUGAUCGACCAAUAUAGUGCCUAUAGUUAUUUACAUCCGUUGAACCGCCUCUAAAUCUCAAACAAAUCGUGAUGCGACCGUUUUGUCGCGUUUGUUUCGGUGCUGUUUAAAACGCGUAAUAAUUAUAAUAUUACAAUAACGUAUAAUACGCAGUGUUGUUAUUACGACGCGUCACCGUUUAUUAUUUAUACCGCCGUUCGCGGACGGACGUCAAUCUGUCUACUCCAUUUAGGGCGUUACCCCCGGUACUUACCGCUGUAUAUAUUAUUAUUACCGUUAUUAUUAUUAUCGUUAUUAUUAUUAUUAUUGUUCGCGGAUCACUUUCCCGGCUCUAUAACACACCAGAUAUUAUACCUACGCGGCGGCGGCGGCAGUGACAUCGUUCUGGUUUGACGCGAUAAUAUCCGACGGCCUCGUCCGUCCGUACAACACAACAACACCGCGCAUUGUCCGUCGGGCGCAGUAGAAACGCCGCGUAACGUACGCGCCUAUACAAAACGGGCACGUAAAGUGCGCGGGUUUUCCGACGGACGAGCCGAUAGGCUGUAAUCGUAUUGUUAUUUUUCCACGGGCGCGUUUCUAUAAACGCAAAAAAAAUAUGUAGGACACCGGCGACGGCGGCGGGACGCGUCUGGCGCGGAAUCCAACGUCCGGACGCGGGUUUUCGACAAAACGCAUUCGCGCGCUCGUCGAACUAUCCGAUACGGUAUAAUUGAUAUUUCCGCCGCGGACGGAUACGAAACCGACGUCGCAGCCCGCGCGGCCACGCGCGAUAGAGGUCGGGUUUCGGGCUCGGUUCACGCGACAGUCGCCCGGAGAGAUUCGUAUUUGUUUUCCGCGUCACCGUCUGUUCUGUUAUCGCGUUGUAUCGUUGUAUCCUGUACGGUGGAAAUUCCUACGCGCGCGUAUCGUAGUUAUACAGUGUAUACAUUUUUUUCAAAUCUCGUUUUCGCCCUCCACGUUUUUUUGCCCCUUGUCUUUUUCGUCUGCCGUAUACGCGGAGGACGCAACACGGAGGGUUCAGUCCGGUCCCUUCCGCCCCUCGCAUCGUCCGAUUUGUUUCAUCUUAGCUACCCGCGAGUGUGCUUAUCCAAUGUUAAAUUUAAUCGCGACAAAAUUCGUUUCUGUAUAACUUACUCCCAUAUCUUAGUUUCCCCAGUAUCCUACGCGUUACACUGCUUCCGGUCUGCUGAAAGCCGACUGCUCACCCGCUGCCUGUAUGCGCUCCUAAAGGAGUGCUCGGGGCCUGGGGCGGAGCCGUGUAAAAACUGAUUUACAGACAUUAUUACCUGUUUCCAUAUCUCAACUAACUUCACCCGCAUCCUACCUGUCAUACUGCCCACCCACCGACUAUAAUCCAGUGGCUCCCGAAACGCCCCGAGCAUAAAAAACUGACAGUUGGACAUUCUUUAUAUUUUCCCUUCUACUGCGAUUCUUCCAUUCUGAAUCUUCCUUACUCCUGUAUGCCACUUGACGAGCUUUGACUAGCAGCUCGUAGUCGUAUACUAUAGUAGCAGUCCCCGGGCGUUGCCCGUGCCAAUUUGUAUUAUUAUUAUUUUACCCGUAUUCGUUUUUGGUUUUGCCCAUGUCAAAAUUGAAUAAACUGUCCAGUGGUUUGGGCUGGGCGGCGAUGAUCAGUCAGUCAGUCAGAGCCAGUAAGUCAGUAAGGACAUAUUUUUUUUUUAUGUAUAUAAAUAUUAUAAAAUAAAAUUACUAUUUCUGACCGUCUGUCUAUACGUUUAGUUCUUCUAAACUUCGUAACGGAUUUUGAUUAGGAUCUUCCCUAAUGGAGGUCUCACACAGUUAUUUAUAUUUUUGGUACAUUUUUUUCAUCAAUUUAUUUCGCUUCAUUCUUUUUCUGUCAACAUUACUACUUAACCCAUUAUAUGUUAUUAUCCUGGGGGUUAAUUCUUGAACUCAUUCGAUAUGGAAGCGAAAAUUAAUAAUAUACCGUAUAAGAAGUCAUAUACUGUUUUUCUUAUCUGUUUAUGUCUAUUCAUGAACACCAUUCGAUAAUUUUGCUGUAGUGUACUACAAUAGUUGUAUAACCUUUUUUUUUUAACUCGUUAUCACACUGAUAAAAAUUGUUGUCAAUGAUAACAAAAAUGUAUCAUAGAAUAGUCAACUAUUGAAGUCUCUUUCCUAUGAGUAAUUUUGUAUAAUUUAUUUUGUCUUCGCAAUAGUGCAUAAUUGGUUUGGUUUUAAAUUUACCUUAUCUUUUGUAGUGGAUACAUUUUCCGAAAAUUUCGGAUAGCAAGUGUCAAGUCACUACUGAUCAAAUGAUCUAAUUAAAUGGUUUUUUUAAAACUCGGCUUCCAAUUAUUAAGUUUAUUUCUAUUUUCUAUGUUUAUUUUAAAAACGUAAAACAAUGAUGAGAAGAAACCGUUAACGUAUUAUAUGCUAUACUUGAUGCGAUGAUUAGCCUUCAUUAGGUUAAUUUGAGUUAUAUACAAUUAAAUUUUAUGAAAUAUUAAGCACUUUAUUUCGUCACUGUCGUAUACGAUUAUUCACUGGCGUGUGGUUAGAGCCACGUAUCAGAAGGCUCAUAACAUUUUACACGCUUUUCAGUCGUGUGAAAUUCAAGAAUAAGAAUUAUCAAAUCUCACUUGACUACUUCUAAUUCGCAAGUUGCGCAAUAACACUAAUUGCGUUUCCGAAAACAGUUGGAGAAGAUUAUUUUAGAUUUUGAGUUUAGUUUUGUUAAGAUGUGUUUUUGUUUUUUUUAUUCUUAGUAAUUUACACCCUAGAUCCUUUUUUCCCUCCGAAAAACACUUUUUUCCCUAUACCUACUGUUUUCAACACAAUUCAUGUAUAUUUAAAAACUAUUUAUAUAAUAUACAUUCUGCUAUUCGAUUUUCAGCAUAUUAUUUUAGUAUUAACUAUUAAAAUUAUAGUUUCUCUUUCUUUCAACCAUAUCUAAUCUAACCUAAUAUCCAUAAUAUUAUAUUCUAUAACCUCCGGGCAAUCACGUGCAACUCUCGAAAAAUACGAAUUUUAAUAUUUUUUGACAAUGCCUAUAUGCCCCAUAUUAUAUAUGAAGCAGUGUUAUCGUUUUAUGUGCGUCAUACGACGACUAAUGCCAAAAAGACACGCGAAAACCAUAUAAUUGUAUCGUCUGUCGUGCGAUAACGUGGGUACAUACACACGUUCAAAUUAUUGUUAUUCGGGGGUAUAAGCGUAGUAAUAUAAUAUUAUUAUUGCGAUGGUGAAGAUCGUGAACUUGGAGAUCGGUACGGAAAUCACCGGUUAUAUUAUCGUAUUCACAAUCGUUUCUUGUCGUAUGGGUAUCACAAAUUAUUUUAGAAUUUGAGUUUAGCCAGGAAUGCAUUGGUUUUAGUAUGAUUUGUUUUUUUUUUCUGACUGUAAACAACUUUUCUAAUUUUUUUUAGUUUUUAUAUAGUUUUAUGUGAAAAAAAUUUAUUUGACUUCACAUAAAUAUCUACGAUUUGUAUCCGUUUUCAAAACAAAUAUUUAUAUACAUAAACGUUUAAGCUCAAAUUUUUAUGAAAAUGGUAAAAUUUACGACACUUCAAGAUAUGUUUAAAACCGAACCAGACUUAGAUUCGUUUGCCAUUAACAAUGAUUUAUCAUUGCAUAAUACAAAUACAUAUGAAAUUACUCGAUGUAGCUCUGACACAAGGUGAGAAGUUAAGAAGGUAGAGGAGAAAUGUAUUGUAUAUCUGUACACAGCAAUUAAUCAUUUAUAAUGAAAAAUGAUUUUGCCGAAGUUCGGUUACAAAUUUUUUCAAAAGUUAUAAUAUUUAUGAUUUGAAAAUUGUACAUUUUGUACAUUUUCCUAUUUAUCCUAUGUUUUCUCAUUGCUUAUGAAUAUCCUUGGUAAAAUCAAAAAUACGGCCUCCUUAAAGUACUACCCUAGUCUCAGUCAAAUUUCUUUUCAGAAAAGGUGUUGCACCUUAAAAUAAUAGCGAAAAUAAACAUCUUUUUAAAACCAAUACAUUCCUCACUCAGCUCAGAAUUUAAAACAGUGUAUGGCAAUAUUAUUUACUCCAGAAAUUUCUUAAUAUGUGUAAAUUACAAAAUGUAAUUUCGUUUCUCAACAUGUCUUUGAGCUAAAACUCCAUCAUACUGGUAUCCGUAAGAAUGAGUAAUAUUUUUACUAAUUUCUAGAAGUUUAAAGAAACAAUUAAGAUAGGGAAAACGUGGACUUAAGAGAGUUUCUGAAAUAAGCGAUUUAAUUUUAUACUGUCUCGAAAUUUGAGUUUGAUCGUAAAAUAAUACGACAGCGGCCCGAUAUUAGACAGUGACAUUGAAAAGGUUUUACUCGGUUAUUGCGAAAUACACAUCACGUCUCCUAGGUGAGAGUUCUCAGUAUUUUAUACGAUAUAUUAUUAUUGCUGCGACAGGGCAUAAUUCGUUAAUUUUCCGCAUCGUCAAUAUUGUUCAACACAUUAUCGCGCGCACUAUACUAUAUUUAGUUUUGUUAUUUCUCUGAAAAUAUCACAUAAUUGGGUGACGCGGCUGUAUACUCCAAAAUUCGAUGAUAUAUAUACGUAUUUAGAUAUAAUUGUAUACAUCUACAAUUUUGCAAUUAGAAUUUAUAGAACCGAAACUGUAUUGGUAAAGAGAGUGUACGCUAUAAAAUACUGUUCUUUUUUUAAUAGAAAUAAAAAAAGAGAAUUUUACAUCAAUUCAUUUUACCAUACGCGAAAGUAGGUUAGCAAAAGGAUUUUUGGUUAGCAUCUUCGUCAAAUAUUGAUUGUACACCAGUAUUAUUUUUCAAAAUCGAAUCCAAUAUUUAAAUAUGAUGGCACAGGUAUCGUAUCAAAAAAUUAGGCAAUUCUGUUAAACGCAUUUUAUGUAAUACGAAAAUUACUAUAGGAAACACGAGCGAAUUGUUUUUCUUCUAAUUAUAAUCGAAUUAACCUGUACUUAACUAUUAUUGUGUAUAAGCUGGUCGAGAUAGUCUUUUGAAUGCUGUGGGAGUACUCAAGUCGACCCUUAUUGGUUUAAAAGAGGUAUUAAAUUAAAUUUACGAAUUAUAAUUAUAAGAUCACUCAGAUAAAUAUUACUUAGACCCAACGGUGGGCAUCAAUAAAUUAGUUAGUUAAAGUGUUCGAUAAAAAAAAAAACGAAUAGACUACACACAAUGGGUGUUCCACUGUUGUAGGUGAGAAAUUAAGAAGGCAGGAUAUAGAGAGAAAUUUAAUGUACAACUUAUAAUGUACUUUGUGUUAAAUUGUCAAUUGACUUUUUAGUCAUAUAAUUUUAAUAACAUAUUUACUAAAUAAAAAUACAUAAUAUAAAAACAUAAAAAUAUUAAAUAUUUAUAAAUAUCUCGAAAAUGACUCAAAGAUUUUGAAAAUUUUGCCUGGUUAACAAAAAGUAAAUAUAAGAUUUCUGUCCAUAUUUCAAGUCUCUAUAAACAUUUUUAAAUGAAUUACAAAAUAAAAAUUUAAAAUAAUAAAAGCAUUAUUUUCAUAAAUUUUCCCCAUUUUCCCUACGUUUUUUCCUAUUUUUUAAAUUAUUUUGAAAAAUGCCUGGAAAAUCAAAAAAAAAACCUUCUUAAAGUAUCAACCCAAGAAAAUUUUCAUUCAGAAAAGGCGCUAACUUGAAAAGGAGCAAUAUUUUUGGUAGAAUUUCUAUACACAGUAAGAAAAAAAAAAAAUACCUUAUAAACAUAAUUGUAAAACCAAUACAUUCCUCGUUUAACUCAGAAUCUAAAACUAUGUGAUAUUGUGGAGUAUAAAAAAAUCUUGUUUAUUUAUUCAUUUUGUAUGAAAUAAAUUUUUCUAGUUAAAUUGCAAUGAUUAUUACUAAAUAUCGUUUAGUUUGAGUACUAUUUGAAGUACAUAUUGCACUAAAUUAAAACAAUUAAUACAAAUCUUGAUACUAUUGAUCAGCGGUGCCGAAUUAAUUUUUUUAUGUGUGGCAAUAAACAUUAUGUAUAUGCGUAGUGUUAGGUGGCUACACAGUAUUAAGCCCAAGUCAUGGGAGAACUCUCACACCAAUAUUAUAUUAUUUAUUAUAAUGUUUACAUGUUUAUAUCAUUUAAUAUUUUAAUGCAUAAAUAGGUACUUUAAUUUUUUUAAUUAGCCUAGAAAUUAUUUAUACGAUCAUUAGAAACCGAUAUUGACAGUAUAAGAAUGGGAGAAUUUACGGAAAUAAUGCUUUUGUUAUUUUAAAUUUUGUUUUUUGUUGCGAUUCAGUUAAAUAUAUUCGUAAAUACUUGAAAUUUUGACAGAGAACUUAUAUUUACCUUUUCUAGAAGCAGUAAAAUUUUCUAAAAGUUUAAACCGUUUUUCAACUCUGUACGCAUAGAUAAAUAUUUUUGUGUACAUAAUUUGACGGUUUUCAAAAUAAAAUUGGAAUAAUCGAAAACAAUGAGACUUUUAUGUUACACUCAAUUUGUCUGUUUUUCCUACACGAUUUUUUUUCAGUUUUUCCCAAUUACUAUAAAAACUACAAAGCCAAUUAAAUAAUAACUUUCCCAAUACACUAACCAGGUCCCAAACGCUAAAAAAAAAAACUCUUUUGUGGUUUUUGAUUAGAGCAAGAUUUUUUGUAGAAAAGUUAUUUACAGACAAAACAAACAUCAUGGUAGAACCAAUACAUUCCUUGCUGCACUCAAAAUCUGAAAUAAAAAUCGUAUUUAUAUCUUUGACCAAUACGUCAUGAUAUUUGAAAUAAACGACAUCAUUUAGGUAAAUUGUAUUUUAAUAAGAUCAUAAUAGGUGCACUCACAUAAUUUAUUUGUAUUUUAGAUUCUGAACUAAACGAAACGCUGUUAAAAAGUGUGGUUUUUUCCUCAGAAAACACUUUUCGAUAAAUUAGAAAUGGUGGCAAUGUUUUAUCACGUAACAUAUUUUGUAUAUAAGAUAGAAUAUCUUUUAUUUUUUUUAAUUUUAAUAUUUCGUAUUAUAAGUAUGCUCUUUAGUUUUUUAAUCAGAAAAUUAUAUUUUACAUAAUAAAUUAAAACCACGUAGCAUAUCUUAUGGGGCAUUCGAUGAACCAAAUACUUACCGAAUCUAAUACAUUCGUUUUCGUAUGCAGGGAAACUCUGAAAUGCGUUGAAAUUUAAUUUAAAUUAAUAUUGAAACAAUUUAAUUUUUAACCUUAUAAACCGGCCACUUAAAAUAAAAUAUAAAUAUACAAAAUAAAAUAUCUUAUAACUUGAAAGUUUAAUAGGUAGCCAUUAGAAUCCUAGAAUCGAUUAUACAAAAUCUAAGUUUUUUUUCAACUUUUGUAUUUUGCAAAAUUUUUUGAAUAAAAUAUUCCAUGUCCUUUGCGGUGCUUUUGUAACGUUUUUUGACUAACCGAAAAAGUUUUCCUGAGAAUAGUAAUAAAAAAUAAACUCAGAAUCUAAAAAAAAAAUAUCUAAAUUGUAAUAAUGACUUUUGCCUUAUUAUUUUUAUAUAAUAAUAUAAUAUGCGAAUAACUGAACAAAAAAAAAAGUAAUCGAAUAUCCACACACCAUAUUGCACAUUUAUUAUAAUAAUGUGUCACAUUACAUUUUAUAUGCGUAAGUACUUCGGUGCAAACUCCCUUAAUGUGAGUGCGUUUUAGUGUUUCGAGGGUUGCACCUUGCGUUUAUAAAUGCAUCUGCAGUUCACUGAAUUUACGUAAAUGGAAUGAAAAUAAAUAAAUGUAAAUACGAGUAUAAAACUAAUGCAUUAUAUAGUCUACUAUUUACUAUUACAAAAAAUCGUAACCUAUAUGUGUAUUUUGUUAGCCUGAGUUUAUACUUAGAGAAUAUUAUUAUAUAAGGAUAUUUUUGUUUUAAAAUCUAUAGAUAUUUAUGAAAAAUUACAAACGGCUGAAAUAAUAUUUUACAGUUUAGAUUCUGAGUGAAGUUCAGCUUUACUAUGAAGUGUUUUUUAUUUGAGUGUGAAAACAACAUUCUUGUCAGAAAUAUUGCUCUAACCAAACUUUCUUAUAGAACUUUAAUCGAUUUGAUACAUAAAGGAAAAAUUUUUUUUAAUUUUUUUUAUUUUCCUCAUAGUUUAUUAAAUAAAUGAACAAAAACUGACAAAUUUUAAAUAAUCUUUGUUGAUUUCUAAAUUAACGUCAAAUUAGGGGAAAAUUACGACUUCAGAAUCGAUAAACAUAAAUUAAAUUAUUUUUAUUAUAUCCUCUCUUUUAACUCCCCCUUAGAUUUUUAUUUUUAAAAUAUGUCUAUUAUAUAGUUACAUAGACUCUUCGUAAUAUAUUAUUCCUAAAAUAUUCUGAAAAAAAAACGGUCCUUUAUGUCGUAUAACCUGUAGAUAUACGAGUUUUUAACCGUAUAUAUAUAUGAAACAUAAGCCAUUUUUGUACGUGUGUAACCUAAAUAUAAUAUAUCAGAUGCAGAAAACAUAAUAUGCUAAAAUCAAAACUUGCAUUACGUCAAGCACACGAGAUGCUCCCACGAGUUCAAAAAACUUUUGCAACUUUCCGAUGUUUUGGUUAUCCAUUUGUAUAGAAAUGACGUAUUAAAUAAACUUUAGCCGGAUGAACCGCAUAUACUUUUCGCGGUGUAGAUUUUCUAGUAAAAUUUAUAUUUUCUUCAAAACUGUAACGAAUGCGUGUGCACGUUUCACGUAUUAUAUGAAACAAUAUAAUGAUUUGAAUAAUUCAUAAUUAUUUGUCAGCGUUUCAGGUGUAACACUCGUUAAUUGAUUAAACACUGUGCGAGGUGGAUAAUGUACAGCAUCAAUUUUUCAUCUGUAUUUUGUUAAUUCUUAUAUUUCAGAAUUGCCUUAUUACUCGCUAAGUAUUCUCGAAUACUAAACAAUUUAGAUAGGUGCCAAUCACGUGAUUUGUCACAAAAUUUUACUUUAAAAUGACGGGUCACACCAAUCUUAGUAACGAUAAUAACAAUAUGUUCGUAUUGUCCCAACACAAUUUUCGUUCAAAGUAUAUCACGAUUUGAGUGAAAAAUAACUUCACCCGGUGCAUCUAUAGGGUAGAGUUUUCCAGAAAAACAUGUUUGUGCUAACUCAAUUUCGAAACACUCUGUAUAUACAUUGAAAUCCUGGUCACUUGUUGAAACCAAUUAGGAUAUUAGCAGAUUUCGGUGAAUACGAUUUGUUUGAAGUUUUCAAAAAAUGUACGAAUUAUACGAUAGUGUUAUAGACACGAUUGAACAUUUUAUUUUCAUAAUAAUAAAAGUCUUGCACAAUCUCGACGGUUUUAAUGAUAUUAUUAUUAUUGUUGCAGUUUUCUACUAUGUUAUCAUAACAGCGGGAUUUAAAAAUUUUAAAUUCGUUAUAAUAAUAAUAAUUAAUAAUAUUGUACAUGCGAAACCCACGUUUAUCUACUAUUGCACGCACGAAACAAAAAUAAUACUACCUACUAAAAGGAAAAGAAAAACCUCGGACUAAAAAAAAAAAACCGGGCAAAGUUAAAAAAAAAUUAAAUACAUUUUACCGCGCUGUGAGCGAUUUACGCGAACAAAGAACGUACUCGUAUUAUUAUGUACAAUAGGUAUUAUGCCCAAAGGUUUAAAAAGAAUAUGAAAACCGUAUUAACCUCUCUGCUCCCGCGGAAGUAUCAAGAAAACGUAUUUUGCGUAAAUAAAACGACUACGCAUUUUCUCGACAUGUUAUUAUUGUUGUUUAUUUUAUUUAUUUAUUUUUUUUUUUUUAAUUUAAAACUAUAUUACAUUUGAACGUGAUAUUACUUUAUAUAAUGUAUAACUGUUCCACCCAGCGCUUCCUAGGCCACAUUUUUAGUUGGAUCAAAUUUUUCAGUAUACAUAUUAAUAGUUUAAAAAUAUAUUAGUAUUUUGGUCCAAACGGAAGCCUCUCAUCGCAAAGGUUUUAGACUUUCUUGGGAACCAACUAAUUGAGUUAAAUUAAUUGGUGCUUGUUGGGAAGAUAUUUACUGACCUCCCUAGGUGUAUCCCAUUUUCUGAAACCAAUACAUUCCUUGCUUCACUCAGAAUCUAAAAUAUAUUGGUGUGAAUAAUAAUAAUAGUAAUAAUACCAAUGGUGUUUAAUAUUAAAUGUUUUCUUGCCGGCGAUAGGAACAUUAUAAUCCACGUCACCAAGGUAACAUAUAAAUCAACAAAUAAUAUUCAAUUUGUUUGUUCAAAAAAUGUCAAAAAUCUCAUGCUAGCCAUCUUUUAAGAAUGAAGUUUUCAAAAUCCUCCCUUAGUGAAUGUCUACGGUUUAAAAGGUACUAAUACUGUAAAAAUGUCAAGUUUCUGUCAGUAAGAAUAAAGAUACUUAUAUAUUAUAAUAUAGAAAUUAUAAUAUUAUACAGUGUUUUUUUUUUUUUUUUUUUUAUCAUAAACGAGAAAGGAUUUUAAGUGAAUUUGAUAUCUGUUUUUUUUUUUUUUUUUAUCAUUGUGAAAUAUUGUAAGAUUUAUUUUAAAAUCAUUUUUAAUUUUAUUCUCUUACUCUAUGUACAUUAAAUAAGUAUAUACAUUUGUUUUUUUAAGUAAAAACUCCUCUAUUUAAACACAGAUUCGAAUAGAGGAUAUUUUCCUAGAAAUGUUUAUACGUAUUUAUAUGUACAACACUUAUAUUAGAUUUACAUUUUAUAUUUAUUUUAAAGUUUAGAACGGAAGCAUAGGGAAAAGUAAUAAAUUGCAUACCUAUUUUCAAACAAUAAUUCUUCCAUAAAUCAUAAACUGUAAAUAUUAUGAUAUUAGUGUUUUAUAUAUAUUGUAUAUACCUAUACAAAUAUCUAGACAAAUAUUCUUUAUUUGAAUCUGCGAUUGAAAUGGAAGAUUGCUAUUUAAAAAUCUAUUAAAAUAAAAAUAUAAAAUACAAAUUGCUGGUUCAUGAUAAAUGAAUCACAUUGUAGUAUUCAAUCGAAAAGAAAGUGGUUGGAUUUUUAAUGACGCGCAACUGUACAAGGUCCAUCAUUGUGGAUUACGCAAUCUUCAAUGACUUGGACUUUAUAAUAUUGUCUUGGAAACAGCGGUGUUCUGGUAAAUUUGUUUGGGAGUACAAUUCGAGUAUGACUAUUCUCAUACCUUUCAUUAGGUAUCGUUAUCAUGGUUUACAUGCUGUAUAUAAGAAAAUUUCGAUUUAAACUAAACAAUAUUUACCAAAUCAAACGCUCAAAGUUGAAAAAAUGUACAAUUGUAAAUCAUAAGAAAAUUUUGAUUUAGUCAAUUUAUAAUUGAUAAAAUAAAUACAAUUUAUGUUACUUUUAUGGUUCUACGAAUGAGCAUUUGUAAUGAUGAUAUACAUUAUUAUUUUUAUUUAUUUUUUUUAACUAAUUUAGAGUAGGUAUUAGCAGCAUACCCACGAUUUGUCUCCAAAAUGUUGAAAGUUUAAUACUGCGUAUAUACUAUUGUGGUAUAUCCUAUGGGAACACCACUGCAGUUAUUAAUAGUAAUAACUUGUGCAAUUUUAAUUAACUUUUGAAAUUUAUGUUUCAACAGGGGCAGGGGAGAUCGGAUCAGGUUUUCCAAAUUGUUUUCAACUAUGUUGAAUUUAAAAAUUAGUUUUUACCAUUUUACAGCCACUUUAAUAAUAAAACUUUUCCACUUAUCUACUGCCCGACAUCCAUUUAAAGGGAAGAGAUACAGACGAAUAUAACGUUUUAGACCAAUGCGGUGGGAAAUAAGACAUAAAUUCCGAUGUUUUAUUUCAAUUUUUAAAGUUUGCUUGGGUUUUUGACAAAUUAUCUACGUUUCCUAGGAAGCUGAUUUUUAUUCUGAAAUUUAAUAUGCCAAAUAUACAUACAAAUUUAAUUCGGUGUUUUCACGUAAAUUUCCAAAAUAUUAUCAUCAUUUUGAAGGUUUUCAAAACUGAAAAUUAAAAAUCGCCUUCCUAGAAACUUAGAAAAUAUGUCAACAACCGUAUGAAUACUUUGUGAAUUCUAAAUCGGACAUCGGCAUGUAUAGCUGAUUUCCCACCGUUUAUCGGUAUUAAACGUACGGAAACUUGGUACUCUUCAAACCCCUAAAUAAAUAAUAAUAACAAUCAACGGUGUAUAAUAAUACCUUGGGGAAUUUUCAUUAAUUUUCGAAUCGAUGAUAUACCAUUCUUGAAAAAUGUAGUUCCAGACUUUCGAUUCUGGAAAAAGAUCGAAAACGGAGUUUUUUUUCCUAUGGACAAUAAUAUUCAAAUAAAUAUUAAAUACAUACCUAUGCUAAUUUUAUUUGAGUAUCUGAUCGCGAGGCUGUUAUUUUGAACAAAAUAUCUAUUCAUUUAAUUUCAAAACGUGUAUGCGUAAUAAAUAUACUAAAACGUAAUAAUAAUUUAAAUAAAACGAGAAUUUCGUUUCCAUAAAGUUCCGUUAAAAGAUUAAAUUAUAAUUUCUGUUUUUAGAAGUUUUCGUUUUUAAUAAACAUUUUCCAUCGCAUUUUCAAAGACUUUAAUUUCAGUUAAUAAUAACUUUUUUAUUAGUUUCUAUUUUUAUUUAUUCAAUGUACCCUUUUUGUUACAUACAUAUAAAUUUGUUUUUAAUAAUUUCGAGUUUAAACCAUUUUAUCAAUUUUCACUAAACGUAUCGUCACACAAAUUUGCAACUAUACAUAUUUUAAAAAAAUAAUUUGCGAAACUUAAAACUUUUAUAUUUUACCCACGUAUACGGCAGAGUAUAAAACAGACGCUAAAAUAAGUUUCCGAAAUUUAUUUUAUUUUUUUCACAGCCCAAACAAUUGUUUCAUUUUUCGUCCAAACAAAUUGACUUAUAAUAUUAUUUAAAAUAAUUAUUGUCAAAUAAUAUUUAAACAAAUAUACUUUUCAUAUUUUUGUGACUUUUGAGAAAUUGUCUAUGGUCGUGAUCGUGUUGUUCAUAAUUGUAUUACAUUAUUAUAUAGGUACAUUUUGAUUUUUCCACGAGCGGAAAAAAAUUCGGGGAAUGAGAAAGGUUUUUAAAUAUAUUCAUCAGGUUUGACCUUUGCAAUUUUUAUACUUACCUAAAUCGGUUUAUUAUUUACGAUUUAAAAACAAAUUAAAGGGUUAGGUUGAGGCACCGAACGCAGAAUUGGUCUAAUCCACUGAGUCGAAAUAAUGACCUAAUCGCACGUUUUUAUUCAGAAUUAUUUAAACUAUUAUAAUUCACAACCGGCGUAUUUUUAUUUUAAAAUUUGUUAUCGGUUGGCAGCACUACUAGUUUUGUUUCACAGAACAAUAUGUGUAUUUCAAAAAAUGCUACACUGUCCAAUGUAUAUUGGUGUGGAAUAAAUUAUGGCAACAUUAAAAAAUUUAAAUGGUUUUAUGGACCAGGUUGGACGAAAAUACAAAUUUUAUACCUUGCAGUCUUAUUUUACAAAUGUUUAAUUAGUAUGUAAUAAUGUUAUAUAAAAGUGCGGAUUUUACAAUUGUCUGAUGGUAAAAUAACUAAAAUAAAAUGAUAAAUGACUAAUGCAAUUUUCGUUAUUAAAUAUUAUUCACUAGUUUUGUCUACAAUUUCCAUAAAAAAAUAACUUUUACCAGCAAAAAACACAUGGUGAAAAAUCCAUCAACAUAAAAAAUAUAAUUUAUAUAAUGUACAUUCGUACGGUUUUACAAGUUUCAUAAACAAUAUAAAUAUUUAUAUAAUGCAAAUAUUAAAAAAUAAAUAUAAUGUAAUAUGAACGAUAAAAUAUAAUUACUAGGUUGGAUAUAAUUUAGUUCUACUAGAUAACUUUUAUCAUUUUGCUGUCAUAAUAAUUGAAAUGUAAAUAGAGGGACUCAUAUAAUGUUCUAAAAAACUAUACGACCAAAAUAAUAAAAACCAAAAAGUAGGAAUUGAGAAAAUAAAUUUCCACAAAAUAAAACAGUCAUAAUGUAAAAAUUCCAGAAAAUAUUUAAACAGAAAGCAAAAUUACAGAAAAUAUAAUAACUAGAAAGUAGUUUUAUAGAAAAUAAAAAAGGCCAGAAUAGGUUGUGUUAUCAAUUUUUUUUCUGCAUUUGAUGCAAUAUAAGUUUAAUAAGUGUUAAAAAUAUGUAUGAAAUAUGAUACAGAAUGAGAAAUAUGUAUAUGAUAUCUCUGAAAAACGACUUUCUGCGAUUAUUCUUAUUCUUUUAUUAUUUUUUUUCUGGAAUUUGUAUCACCUGGCUAUUUUAUUUUCCGGAUUCAUACUUUCUGUCGAUCCAUUCAUUUUCUGAGAAUUUGCCUUUUUUAAUCUACAGACUUUCUGGAAAAUAACUUUCUAGACCUUUUGAUUUUGGAAUUUUUCCUCGUUUAUUUAGCAAUACAAUAGUUAUUAAUAAUAAUAGUUUUCCUGUUAAACUAGGUUUUGAAAUAAUACAAUUUUAAAUUUUAACGGCGUGCACGUAUUAACUUAUUGACUCGUUGUUUUAUUAUUAUAGCAUAUGCUGAUGACUUUGGCCGCAUUGGACUAUAGUAUCUGACGUACAACAAUAAACGCAUAGCUGAUAUUUGAACCUGAAAUACGUGUCAGUAGCUGUAUUUCCUAUCUACCUGUCUAUCAAAUUAUAAUUUCAAGGACCAUGGCUGACAACAACAACGAGUUCGGGUGCCGGGACUGGAACGAACCGGCAUUGGGCGGAGUGAUCGACUUCUACGACGGGGCUACGGUGUUCAUCACCGGUGGCACGGGUUUCGUGGGCAAGGCAUUGGUCGAAAAGUUGCUACGAUCGUGCCCGGGCCUCAAGACGCUGUACUUGUUGAUCAGACCCAAACGCGGAAAGGACAUCCAGUGCCGGUACGAGGAGCUGCUGGAAAACCCGGUAAGCAUCGUUAUAGUUACAUAAUCUAUGUAAACACAAAAUAUGUAUUCUAAUUUUAUAAUAUAAUAAUGUAUAGUUAUGGAAUUUGAUGUUCUAAAAAACAACACGGAACGCUUAAAAAAAUGUACUUGAAAUUCCCAUUAAUACAAUUAAUACAUUACUUUUUCAAAUAAAAACACAAAUAACGAAAUGUAGUAAAAUUUUGAAUAUAAUGUUAUUAAGUACAUCAUAUAAAAAUAUGUUACGUUAUUAUACACUGACGUCUGUCAUGGUUCUUGUUGGCGAUACGGCAAAGUUGCGAAAUUGAGUAAAAGCAUACCGAUUUUUUUUUUUUUUUUUUAAUAAUCGUAAAAGUAAACUUAAUCAAGUACAACACGAUAGUAAAAACCUUUGUUUUUAUUUUUAUACCGAUUUCUUUGUCCUCGACCGUAAUAACCGCCUAAAUAAAAAAAAAGCGACUAGCUGGACUCUAUGGUACUUCGGCUAUACCGCAUCAAUUCGGCAUGUUAUCGUUUCGCUUACUGUGGAAAAUAUGACUAAUAAAUUAUUCACGCGAUACCGUUCGGUGUCCGACGACCUCGAAUCCGUCGAUGCAGUAGGUACGUGAACGGUCUACACAAAACUUUUGAAAUGCAUUCCGGUAGGUAAUGCCUGCACAUAUACUAUUAUGAUUAGUAUAAGUGCAAAUUCUCCUCGUCCCGUUCAAUAACCAACAAUAAUAUAUCGACGAAUAAAACCGAACAAUAACCAUAUUUCUUAACAAAAUAUUUCCCUAUAUUGCUGCAAUACUCAAUUUCUAACGAACGCCGCGCAAUAAGUUUUAACACCUCCGCCCCCCCGCUAUGAUAUUUGAGAUUUUUUUUUUAAGAAACAUACGUAAUAAUUUGUGUUUCUUAGAUCAAAUAGCAGCAUUUUCUUAAAAACACAAAGCCGAUACCAGAUUUUUGGUAUGUGCUAAAGACUUUUAGAUCUAGCGUAUUGCGUAUACCUAUUCUGAGGGGGGCGAAAAGUUUAUAGUUUCACAAAAAUAUGUUUAUUUUUUUUUUUCUGUGGAUAACUUUUCUACCAGAAAUCUUGAUCCGAAUUACAAGUUUCAAUUUUGAUUUUCCCAGGCGUUUUAGGAAAAACAGAAAAAUAGUUACAGUAUUAAACAAAUAUUAUCAAAGCAAAUAUAUUAUGCCUAUGUAAUUAUUUUACCAUAAUAUUUAUUGUUGACAAAAAAACACUACCAACUGAACUCCGCUCAGAAUCGUGUUUUGUUAGCAAUAUGAUUUAUCGUUGCUUAUACAUAUACAUUAAAUUUACCCGCUUCUAUCUUCCAAACUUCUUAACUACAACAGUAGCCCACUAAUGUGCGAAGUUGUCCGGCUUUUUUUUCAAUUCAUAUUUGAAAAUAUUCGGAUUUUUCACUUAAUGAUAUUUGAAUGGGAAGUUGUUUCAAAAUUUACAAUAUAUAUUUAUAAGAAUAACAUAUUUUUUUUUUUUUACUUUUAGACAUAUUUGGAUUAGGCUUACAAAUUAUUAGGUUUACAAAUGUAAUUGUUUAAUUAUUUUAAAAACAAUUAUUUCUUUGAAAAAAUUCAAUACUUUUCAAAAUAUCGAGGGUAUCGUUACCUAAAUGGAUUUAUAAUAUGGCCUCGGUGGUUUGUCUUUUUGGGCACUGUGACUGUAGUUGAUAUAAAACCAACGCAUCGUAUUAUCGAAAUUUAUUGUUAACUUUUUAAAUUGUAUAAAAUAACUUUUGUUUUUCUAAAAUUUUUAUCAAAUACUACCCACGAACAGUCUGCAUCUAUUAAGGUAAGAUUCGAUUAAUUUAAAAAAAGUGUUUUUCGAGGGGAAAAACCACAAAAAAAAAAAAAUGUGAUUAAGGGUAAAUUAUUGUCAAUAAAUAUUUCAAAUAAUAUACUGCUGGAAAGAAUGUUCGCAUCAUUUGAGGUACUGCGUAAAAUUAAAAAUUAAAAAACAAUCAUUUGUUUAGUCAAAAAGUGUUUAAAAAACGAAACCAUAAAAAGUAUUAAAAAAAUAUUUUUAAAAUACACAUCUUAGUAAAACGAAUAUAUUCUUCGCUACACACUCUAAAAUUUAAAUUAACUCUUGUUAUCCGUUAUCGGUUAUCAGGACCGUGAAAAUAUAAUGCCCUCAUUUGACGAUAUUUCUUCCAGGAUUUUUAUAUUAUUAUAUGUCCAAUGCUCAUAUAUCGUACAUUUGUUGUACUAGAAAAUUGUAAUUUAUAAAUUAAAGCCAUUAGAGUAGAUACUAAUAAACCCUUUUUAUACUAUUUUGGUAUCUUUAAAUAUUUGUCAAAUGCUUUUUUCAAAGUUUCUUGAAUUUUUAAACCCGUUUUCGUUAAUUUCAAGUGUUAAAAAUACCGAACACACAUAAUCAUAGCCGACCGAUAAUUAUUAUUAUGUUGUAUGUCAUAAUGCCAAUAAUCACGUUUAAUAUAUUAUUAAGCGCAAAUAUUAUAUCAAACAUAAAUGAUAAAUCGAAUGACGAUAAUAUAUUACUCGGCGAAAUAGCAGAACGAUGCGCAGUAUAAUGUAGUAAUUUGACAACCAAUAUAAAUCUAAAAUUUGAUUAAUCGGUUCCGUCCGGAUCACGUGUGUAGAUACACGUCCGGAAGAAAAUAUUAUUUUAAAAAACAAUACCACCGAAUAUCGAAAAUCGAAUAUUAUAAUAUUUGAUAUGAUUAAUCAUUUUAGAUUUAAAGUGAACGCGGAAUGUAUUAGUUUUACUACCUAUGAAUUUAUAGGCACAUCGGAGGAACCGGGAGGCUGCGUUCGAAAAUUACACAAAUGGAAAUUCGGGAUUUUGUUUUUUUACAUUUUAAAUUUCGAUUUAGGAUAAAAUUGUUAAAAACCACGGACGUAGUAAUUUAUAUUGUAUUAUAUAUUAUACAUGUAAAAUAAUUAUAAAAUAUAUAUACUUUUAUAAAAAACAAGUCGAGAAUUUUAAAUACUUAUAAAAGGUACUAGUAUAAAUCAUAAAAAUAAUACGCAUAAAGAAACUAAGUACAAAAUAUGUGCGGCAUACAGAGGGUAGAUUAUGAGUAAACCAAUCAGUAAACUCUCGUGGAAACAAAGAAAAACCUAUACAUUGCCUACUUAUGCCCUAUUGUCAUAAACGAAUGUGGUCCACGACGUAAGGUGACGAAAAUAAACUAUUGACUUUCGAAAGGAAAAUACUUAGAAAAAUAUAUUUGGGGGGUUAUGUUACGAGCGGAGAAAAAACGCAGACUUAAACAGAUUGUAUAAUGCGAGCACAAAGCAGUUCUAUUAAAACUAAAAAAAAAAAAAACCCUUAUCAGAUCAUAUUUACCAACAGUUAAACCUAAAACUGGACCAUUAUCAUAAUGGCAUUAUCAACAUAAUGAUAAUUAUAUUCUAUGCUGAAAUUUGUAUGCAUUUAUACUGUCAUUGAUUGUAUAAUACAUUUUGGCGAAUGUCAGUAAACUUAGAAAAUUACGAGAAAGACUAUUUUCAAUCAACUGAACACGAAGAUUUUCGUGUUUUUCCAAUAAAAGUUAUAAUACAAAUAGCCGAUGAACAGAGUGCUCAGAAUCGGGUUGUCUAGAUUAGGCGUAUACAACAAUAACGAUUGUUAUUACGGCCAAUUGAUUUAAUUUCUCAAAACUGAUAUUCAACUAUUAUUUCGUAUAAUUUACAUUUGUUUUUUUUUUUUCAAUUGGUAUGUGAUGUUAUUAUUUUUAAGAGAACUGCUUUUGGCCCGUAUAACACACGGAAUUCACGAGAUUUUCUGAUUUCAAAAAUGUUAGAGUUGACCGGUCAUAAUGAUACGGCGUGAGGAGGAGGGUGUUUCGAUUAUAAAGGCGUUCAUUAACGGUGCCAAUUGAAAACCUGCUCAAUGAGAAAACCGUGACAACGGUGGAUGGACCGAGUGAACUCGGUAUGACUUGUAGAGAUCGAGAUGUGGAGCGAGCAUUGACGGCGCGUGAAAUUCGGAGAUCUCUGAUGGGAGCUGCAAAGCAAAAAAAAAAAAAAACUAAAUAAAUACCAAUAAAAACAUUAACACUGUUUGCGUUAACCGAAUUCCGCGGCUCGGAAGCCGCAAUUUCUUUUGCGCCGUGUUCGGUCGGGUGGCGCGCAGAAUAAUCCACGCGGAAAUCAUAAACUAAAACACCCGACACACGCCUACGUCCCGGCGUUCCGACUACCCGCCCGCGCGACUGCGACGACGACGCGAUCUGCUUACCAAUAGCCCAUUAUGACGUAAUGCGGACGCUGUACAGGUACGAUUUGUCGAACGGUUAGCGGGCGGUUAGCGUAACGCUGACGUCCGAUAAAAUAUAACCGAUUUCCAUCGGAAACGCGCGCGCGUUGUCUUAGCGAAACAGCGUCGAGAUGAGAGGAAAAAAAAAAAAAAAAAAAAAUACUAAAGUGCGUGCGACGCGUCGGAACGGACGCGUUUCGUCGCGGCGCGGCAACGNGAUUUCCAUCGGAAACGCGCGCGCGUUGUCUUAGCGAAACAGCGUCGAGAUGAGAGGAAAAAAAAAAAAAAAAAAAAUUAAAAACGACCGUUUCGCGAGCCGACGACGCGCGCGACACCGGUGUCGGCGCGCCCGUAUUACCCAGCUACCCGCCAGCACCGCUCGUUACGAAAUACUGGCGUAUUAUUAAAUUCUGCCGGCGUGUUGGAAAAAAAAAAACAAAAAAAAAUACUAAAGUGCGUGCGACGCGUCGGAACGGACGCGUUUCGUCGCGGCGCGGCAACGGGAAAACAAUCACAACAAUAAUAACAAUAACGAUAAAAUAAAUAAAUACAAAAAAAAUAAAAAUAUUAAAUCGUUUCGUUUCCGGCCGGCCGCGAAACGGUGGCGGGGGCGUACACGACAAUGUGAAAUACCUAAAUAAUACGCGACACAACAUUACUACCGCCGAACCCGUGUAUAAUUAACGCGUACGUAUGCGAUUACUGUUAUGCGCGCGCACUCCGUUGUCGGACGUUUUCUCGAGCGGUCCCGUCGCCGGACAUCGUUACGGACGGCGGCCGGCGCCCGCCCGUCGCGCAAUCGGACGCGCACUGUCCGCGGCGUCGCGCCGUUACCGCCGUUUAACCGCCGCGAAUCGACGCGUCCGCGCGCCCGAGGGUUUUCAACAAAAACGGGUCGCAUCUAUCCGGGGCGGGUAGUCGAACGCGGUAACGGAACGCGAAUAAAUCGUCGGGCCCGCGGCAUCCGUUCUGCUGAUGCGGCGGACGCGACGCGGCGGUAUAACGCGGCGGCGGAUUCGGCGGGCGCUGCGGCCGUAGUAUUGCCGCGUGCCGGCGGUCCGCCGAACGCCAACAUGUUCGCUGUGCGUAGGACGGCGGAGGCGACCACGACGUGCGAUUAAAACCGGACGAAAAUGGCCGACUUUUAUACCAAUAAAACGACCCGUUCCGUGCCACUCGCCGCGUAUAACUAUAACGUUACUCCAAUAUUGCAUUGCCCAAUAAAUACGCUCAUAGCGGUAGUGUUCCUAAGCCGAUAAACGCGGAUAUGACCGCUAACCUCCUCCUCCUCCUCCUCCUCCUCCCAUUCACCCAUUCCCCCAUUCCCCCAUUCUCCCAUUCACGAAAUCAGUAGUAGUAGUACUUCUCCCAUAUACUUUGGUGUACAUUUUAGAUUUUUAUGUCAUAAUUUUUGAACAGUUUGUUUUUUUUAAAAAAAAAAAAAAAAAAAAACUGAUAUUAAUGAUACCCGACAACGGCAAUGUUCGGGAUUUAUCAAGCAACCGUGCCAGAUUUGAAGCUUUAACAGCGUUUGGCGAUCGACGAAAACGAAGUAAAAACCAUAGUUCUAUGUGUAUAACGUAUUGCAAUUGGCUCGAUUCACUAAGGAUAUAAUCAAAUAUGCCGGGGGGGUAUGAAGGACGAUGCCCUCGGCGAGUCACAUUAACAGUACGACAUACGCUCAAAUCUCCCAAUAUUUGAUGUCUGUAUUAUAGCGUUUCGCCACUGCGCGACAGACACACGCGGAAAUAGAAAGAAAACCGUACCGGUAAAACCGCAUCCGUAAUCUGUAAAUUAUCAGGUAUUAUAACGUCUACAACAGAUUUUGUGAUAUCGUCACGUGUUUUUAAAAUUUUUUGUUUUAGACAAUGUCAAUACAUGUCCCCCUUUCCCCCGCCCAACCCUAAUACACAAACAUAAUGCGCGUUCAGUGAAAGUCGGAGGUGAAUCAUCGUUUUAUUAUUUUUUUUUUUCUUUGUUUACCAUUCAAAUAUUUGUAAGUUCUUAACAAACACAAUGACCGCAAAAUGCGCCGUUUAUCGAACGUUUAAAAAAAAAAAACCUCAUCUGCAAUAUAAUCAUAAUAUUAUAAUUGAAAUAUUAUAACCCGGAUGAUGAUAUAAUCAGAUUAACAUAUAGCGUGUUAUUUUCGUUUUUCGAUUAGUUUUAAUCGUUUCCUGUUACUGAAAUUCAGUUUCCAUUAUGGGGACGGCAUAUCCGAACGUGUUACUGCCUCGGUCGAGGUCUGUAAUUUAAAUAACGGGGGACAUAACAAAAUUACGUUACGUAAAAUAUCAAAUUUAAAAUAGAAAUUUAAACACCGGAGAGAAAAAUUAUUUUCGAGGCCGGUUCCCGUUGCCGUUUUUCUAAAAUUUUAACAAACGAAUAAGUUACAGCCGCGUUAGUUUUUUUUUUUUUUUUAACAGUAGUAACUUUUUUAUAAUAUUUUAAAAUAUCAAAAAUAAAGACUGCCUUCGUAAAUAUUAUCUUCUGGGUUCUGACAAACCGAGUAAAUCAAUGAUGUGGGUUAGGCCGUUUAGUUACAUUUUUGUGAAACGCUUAUAAACAACAGUCAAUAAUUAUUGCAAUAUAAAUUUACCGUAAUUUUUUUAAAUGAUUUCAUUUAACGAAUUUCUACGAAGAUUCAAAUUCGGGUAGGCGGAUGUAGCGUUCUUUAUUAGCAACGGUACAAAAAUUGUCUGCAAAUAUUUAAAUCGAAUGAUGAAAAAUACAAAUAUGGUAAGUACAUAUUAUAAUAUUAAAAUCGAUGAGUAAAAUGCGUCCAGCCGCACAAGACGUUCAUCCCUUUGCUAUAAACCUUAAACCCUCCGAUUGCCUGGUCAUUAUACUAUACAUAAAAAAAAAAUAAAAAUGAAAAACUGAUCCACAACAAAUCAUUGUGAACGUACAAUAUACGAACUUAUCGGCUUUUCGGUUCAGUAAAUUCAAUAAGCAUAUAAAUAGAAUUUUUAUUAACAUUGUGUUUUAAUCUCGCAUCAACAAUAGUAUACACAUAUAGUGUCGGACUGCCUUCAAAAUCAUCAAUCGCCUCGAAAAAAUCGUGGCGAUAAAAAAAAACUCCAUUAUGUUAUUUUUCACAAGUACUUGUAAUAUAAAAACUAUGUUAAAUUAUCGUCAUCUCUUUCUCGGCUUUCCUGGCUCGUCUGGACCGGAGAUUAAAAAGAUUUAAUGAGUGAUUGGAUUUUUCAUCGUGCAUUACGGUAGAUAAACGACCGAGACGAAAAUAUAAUCAUAUAAUCAUAUCCUCCUGUUCUUUUAGUGGUGAAAUUAUAAUUUUGACAAAAAUAAUUCGAAUUGGUCGUCUUUUCUACGCAGGAAAUAAUUCACGAUAGUAACGCGGUUUCGAUCUGUAGAAUACUUUCUCCAAUCGUCAACGUUUUCUUGUAGGUUUCUGAAAUAGAAAAUGUAGCGGAUGAUGUAAUUAGGAGAUAAUACUUUGAAAAUAUAAACAAAAUCGAUUUUUUUUUUUUUUUUUUAUUAUUCGCUAAGAAAUAAUCGUAACAAGCCCUAACAUCAGCAUUUUUCUAAACAUGAUAUUACAGUUUUAUAAAGAUAUUUAAAAAAAAAAAAUUAGGUGUAAAAUUCGAACGGUAGAAAAGUCGCAUGUUCACACAAUAACACGUCGAACAAUCGAAUCGCAGUCGUUAUUAUCAUUUAUCGAACUGCUGUAAAUCAGGACUGUGAAAUUAUUAUUGUAUAACCCUAGAAAAAAAAACCCCUUCAUGAUAUUAACGCAGAUUGCAGACAGUAACAUUAACAACUGCACGUAUUCAAUUAUCGGUACCGGAGAUGAAAUGGAUUGUAUUGUGCAAAAUGUUCAAUAAAAAUGAUAAAAUAUUAUAUUAUAUUAGUUAUGCUCAAAGUUAAAUACGAUAUUUAAAAAAAUAAAAUAAUUGUAAAAAAAAAGGAUGUAAACGACGUUAAGUUUUUCGAUUUAUAUCUGUGAACGACGAUAAAUAAUUGGUAACCGAAAACGAUUCUGAGUGAAGUUUGGUUAUCACGGUUUGAAAAUAUGCCGUGAGACGAUUUUCGUCAAAAUAUGAUGUUAAAUCGCUUAUAAAAAUAUAAAUACUACUAACGAAUAAAAACUAAAAACUCGAAAAUAAUAAAUGUCUAUAAAUAACUAAACAAAUCAUUAAAAUGAUUUGAACAUUUGGUCACGUCUAGAAAAUGCUAAGUAAUAUAAGUAUUCUGUGAUAACUGCGUUAUAUUAUGCAUUAUAUUUUUAACCGAAUUAUAAAAAAAAAAAUUUUAAAUAAUGAAAUCGUAACACCGCGGCGUCGUAUACGUUUUUUUUUUUUUUCGUUUCCCAAUUGUCCCACUUCCAAUUAUUAUAAAAACCGAUUAAAAAAACCCAAUAUAAUAAAAGGAACAAAAAAGGUCUGUUGUAAUUUUUUUGAUUGGAGUAAGAUUACUUGUAGAAAUGUCGUUCACAGACAAAAAAAAUAAAUAUCUUGCACGUUAUAUUAAAAUCAAUACAUUCCUCUCAAAAUCCUUAAAACAAAUACGGUUUCAUAAUUCGAGGUUCGGGUUACAUAAUAAAAUUGUUUAUUGAAACAAUAUUUUAUCAAAAAAAUAUUAUUAGUAUACGCUAUAGCUACUAUCAAGACCCACCCACGAGCCAUAAAUACCGAAAUUGUCCGAAUGAAAAUUAAUCGAAAAUUAUCAUUGUGAGACCGAGAUGAAAUCGAAUAUUUUUAUAUUAAUUAUUAAGGGUGUUUUUUUUUUUCAAUUUGUAUAGAAAAAACGCUUAAAAAAAUUGUAAAAUACGAAAAUCAGUAGAAAUAUGAAAUUUCAUUGUGCGAACUUUAAUAAUAAUCGACAGUUUUUUGUCAUAAUUGGUUAUUUGAUAAAACGUCUAUAAACCGAUUAUCAUAUAAAAUGGCUGGAAAAAAUAUAUAGUAAUAUGACAGCGCAAACGAUACAAUACUAUACGUUGCACUAUUGUCAUCGCAGCUGCGCAAGUGAUCAAUAUUUCGAUGGCAGUCGAUUUUUUUUUUUUUUUUUUUUUUUUGUAACCUUCUGAUCCAUGCAAAGUGCUUUCCGGCUAAAAGAUAUAACUAUUGUAGAUACAUACCUAAUACUAUCACGAACAGUCUGUCACGUUACCGUUUCGUAUAACACGAAAAAAGUACGAUAAAAACCCACCACUUUUACGAUAUUGCCUAUACACCUACAUCGUAUAUGUACACAAAAACUCGAACGGGAUAUAAAACCAAACACACCUCUCGGCUUCAAUAUUCGAUAUUUUUAAAAUGUUUAUAUUUUUUUUUUUUUUUUUUUUUUCGGAGUUAAUUUAAAAAUAAUAAAAAAAAACUGCAGAGAUCCAUCACUAGAGUCGAAUUUUCCCCCGGCCGACUUGUCACCGUUGCAAUAUUUUUUUGAUUUCUUUUUUUUUAUAUAUAUAUAAUUGAUUUAGUAACAGUAUGGUUGUCAGCGUUUUAUUGUAUUUUAUUCUGUAGAGGUAAAUGACUCGGUAUUUCACGUGAUAACAUAUGAUUUGAGCAUAAAAAACGGUUGGGGUUUAAUAGUUAUGCGUGUACAAAAUUUUAACGCCCAAUUUAAUUUGUGGGUUCUGUAGGUGGAGGGGAGCUGAAAAUACUCUACUCCCUCGACUGUCUCCGAUGCGGACUGACCAUCCGCUCCGUCGGUGGCUGGGUGUCGAGAUGUGUCCAACUUUUGACGUUUAUUGAAAAAGUAGUCAGGGCGGUCUCCGGGGCCUCGGCGUCGACCCGUUCUCGGAGCUGAACGGAGACCCGGGUGUCGGCCGCGGUUUUGUGCCGCGGUCGGCGCCUCGCGGUUGGAGUCGGACGGGCUUACGCGUUUCGUCGGGCAGUGGUUGAAUAGCCCGGGGCUAUCCACCUGACGGCUACUGAACCCGCGAUAAGGCGGAAAGUUAAUUGGGAAGCGGUAGCCGGAAUCGCGCUUUUCGAUGUAUUGGCAUACGUCCGGGGCUUCCCCGAACCACCGCGCCUCCUGAAUAGUCUAGGGCUAAUGGAGGGCGCGUAGUUGUACCGUCGCUUUAUGCGCGGAUUAAAAAUUAUGACCAUCUGACUGCCAAUUUUUUAUAUAUAUAUAUAUAUUUUUUUUUUUGUUGUUGUUGAGGGGAGAGAGGUAGGGAUAUUUGUUACCGUCUUUAUUUGGUCUCGUAUGUGUUGUGUUUUGUAAUAAAGUAUGUAACACAUAUUUUUUCGACAGAAACACAAUAAAUUCAACGGUAUUAAAUUUUACGGUUUCGUAUAAUUGCCAUAAUUUAGUUUUCAGUUAUAUUUCUGUCGUGUGUCGCUCGAAAAUUCGGCACAAACACUUUAAUAACACGAUUUGAAGUUCGCUUAAAGGGGUGGGUAAUAUAAACUAAUAGGUCAACUAAUUUCAGAAGGAGGGGGGUCUAAAAUUUGUUUAACGCGGGUACUAUGUACUCGUGUUUUAUAUGUUCAAUAAACGUACACAACUGGAUCCCCUUUCACACCUCUCCCCACAACCAGUAUCAUCGUUGAGUGUGUAUAUACAAUUCAAGUAACAAUUUCAAAAAAAAAAAAAAAGUCACCAGUAAGCUCUCAAAUCUAUUACUGAUAUUGACCGGGAUAAAUGCAACAUGUUCAUUACCAAUAUGUGUAUAAUUUACUAAUAUAUUAUAUUAUUUUAUAAUACCGUAUUGUAUCGACCUUGUAGUUGACCACACUUUCCAUUCACACCGCCGCGGUUGUCGUCGCAGUUGACACGCUAUUUGAUUACACACCGAAAUGAAUACCAACCGGUGGUCUCGUGCAGUUCUUAUUUUUGGUCAUCGGGGUCUAAUUUUUAAAAAAAUUCCUAAAGCCUUGCACGGUUUUUCACAUCACAUCUUUGUUUCCAGAAUUAAUAAUACAAUAUUUUGCGAGUAAAAUCAUAAAAUUGGAAAACCAUAAUAUCUUUUGACGAUCGUACAGACUGGGUUCGAAAAUUCAAAAUGGAAUAGUGUAUAUAAGUGGAUAUUUAAUCACAUCUGUAAGAAGGGGUUUAAUAAGUUGUAUAAGUUUUCUCUAUAAUUUAUUAAAACCUAGAAAAAACGUAAAAAGAAACUGAAAAAUUUAAAUCGUUAAAAACUGUAUACGGUUUAUGUUUUUACCAAAAGUAGUUAAUAAUAAGUAGUUAACUAUUUUAAUCAAUUUAACGGCGUUCUUUCUAAAAACUAUUGGGUCCAGAUCUCUAAAGCUCUCCAGGUGGCCUCGGUCAUUAUUGGCGUGAAACGAAAGCAAAAAUAAAAAAAAAUAUACAACAUUGUUGAAACUUUAAUACUGCUCAUAUUAUUUAACAUUUGCAUAAACAGUAUAAUAAAAUGAAAUCGCCCCGCCGUAUAAUAAAUAAUCAAAAUAUUAGAAAGAUAAUUUAUAUGCCAAUUAAAAUCCAAUCAAAUAAGUAUGCAUACUUAAAUUCGUCCACUGCAAAAGCACUCAUUUCAUAUUCAUUAAAAACAAAAUAUCCUCUGGUGUUUGUUUAAAAAUACAUCAAAAUGUAUACAAUUUAUGUUUUGAUAACUAAAAAGAACCCACGUGCCGCAGAACUCCAUCACAUUGUAUUGAUUUGUCCCCGUAUAUUUUGUAUUAUGUGAUAUAUUCUUUUCAAAACAAUAAAUAACCGAAUACUAUAAUAAAUGCAAUAUUAUACUAUAUUAUCAGGUACUAAAACUACACUAGGUAUUUAAAAAAAAAAAAAACACUCUCCACAAUAUAAAUAUAAAUAAAUAUAUCAGUGUCUGUUAUACAUAUAUAUAUAUAUAUUAUAAAAAGUGUCUGGAAAGAAUGCGUCCGAUAAUUAUUAGACGAACAUGAACGACUUUGUUUUGGUCAUUUAUUGAUUUGAUUUAUUCAUUUAUUCGAGUAAAAAAAAUAUGAUAAUGAUAUUAUCGUCUUCUGAAAAUAAAUAAAUAUUGUAUUGCAAUGAUAAAUUGUAUACACAUAUACGAGCAUUCCCGUAUAUUACAUACAUUUCGAACUGUGUUUAAACAUUGGAUAGUGAUGCUGUAAAAUUUGACCAAGGUGCGCCGCUGCAUACAAUUAUUAUUUAUACAAUAAAAACGAUACUCGAUUGUUCGGUUAAAAGCUCAAUGAACAAUUUUAAUCUGAAACUAUUUAUAUCACGAAAUAAUCACCCGUCAAAAAAAAAAAAAAAAAAAUUACGGCAUUUGUUACAAUUUUUUUUCAUAUAUAUAUAUGUACUCAGGUUUUUCCCGUUUAUUUCGUAGUUGUUGACGUUCGAUUGUUCGUCGUUGUUCGUUCGUAUUGCCUACAGACUAUUUGUCGGGUGUACACUUGUAUGAUUGCAACAAGGAGAACGUUAUUUUACGCAUAGAGUCGGAGCUAAAUAAUUCAUAUUUCGAUUAACAUAUUUACGCGUAAGGCAGCGCAGUGUUUUGUCGCGUGGAAGGCAUAAAGUCCCACGCGUGACAUUCCGACACAGACGAGCAUUUGUAAAUAUGCAGAACGGUCGUGGAAUCGGCAAACCAGCAACUAAUAUUUGACCGUGAUAUCGUUUUAUUACCCGCUCGGCAAUAUUUUACUGAAAUGCAUACGAUUAUCGACUUAUUCGGUUGAAACGUCAUCGAUGUAUAAUAUAAAUUACGCACAAUAGUAUAUUUAUCAAACUAAUAUACGCGUUUUAUUCGAAUGCCCGGUGGUAAUUCCGUAUUUAAAAUUUACCGACAAUAAUAUUCAAACGCCCGGUUAGACUACGAAAUCUCAGAGCACGGCGUUUUAUGUAUGCAAUUCGUGUACAGUGAUGUGCACAAAGUUCGGUUUCUAAUAAUGCCGAAAUUCGUUACGACAGAAACUCAGACGUCUGUCUCGUUUUCAUAUAGAUUAAUUAAAAUUAUUAUUAGAAAACUAUAGUCAUAACACAAACCCUGUGUUCACCAGAUAUUCAUCAGCUUGUGGACUAUCCAUAAUAAAUGAAAACUAGAACGCGGACGUGUACUUUUGUCGAUUAUCGCCAUAAUCUGAACUACAAACUUGGCCAACUGGGCCUUAUUGGCCCAGGCUAAUUUCACCCCGCAUUAAAGUUAAGGCGUACGUAAUAUUAAAUGGACAUUUACAAAAUAUAUGUAAAUAUAUAAUUUAAGAAAAUAAGUAAAAAGUUCAUUAAAAUCAUGAAAAAAAAAUGCAUUGUUUCUGGUAUAACAACAAUAGCUUUUAUUUAACUGAGAAUAUUAUCAUAAGUUUCUUAAUAUUAUUAUAUUUGUUAUUAAAAAAUUAAUAGCAAUAAAAUAAAUGAAAUUAGAAUGUUCUUUUUACAAUGAGAAUAAUGAUAAAGUUUCAUAAGUAUGUAAAGAACAUUCAGUAAACAUAUCAUAAAUGAGUCCUGGAAAAUUACCUUUGUGUAUAGAUGAAAACAAACAAAAUUCAGUUUAAUAAAAAUGAUCAAAAAAAAAAAAAAAAAAUGAAAUCCCAGUUAAUACACUGUAUUGUAUGCUUGACACUUUAAUUCGUAGUAUUGAGAAAUGAUUAAUUAAAGAAAUUACUAGAAUUUUGACAGCAGAAACAAUGUUAAAAUUUUAUCCAAACAAAGAUAAACGUACGUAAUUUCUGGUAGAAAAUGUAUUAACAAUCAGAAAAAAAAAAAAAAGCACACAAUAUCCUAGUAAAAUACAACGCAUUCCUAACUGCGCUCGGUCUAAAAAACAGUUUUAAAUUAUAAUUGUCGUCGGAUUAUUUAUUACGUACCGUAAAAAUGCAAUAAAUACAUUUUAUGAAAUAUAGGUGUUAGAAAUGAUGGCGAAGUAAAAAAAAAAAAAAAACAAUCGAUAUACCCGUUACUAAAUAAUAUAUUUUAAUAUGAUUUAUAAUUGUACAAUGGUUUGGACAGCGAAUAUUAAUACGAGUAUGUAAUAUUAUUACUCGAUAAAAAAAAUAACAAUAAUACAAAAUAGGUAUAAUAAAAAAAAGUACCGUAAACAAGAGGAAAAAAAUAACGAACAAAAAGGUUUGUUCGGAUUAGCUCGUGAUUUUUGUUUAUUGUGCGUAUUGUGUUUAUAUUGUAAUUUGUUUGUUUAUUAUACAAUCAGAUGCGGAUCUCCGGUCACCGGUAACAAUACGGCGAAAAGAAAAUCUUUUUCUGAAUCGGAUUAUUAUUUAUUUUUUUUUUUUCAUUGAAUAUCUAUACGUUUUAUUGAAAACAAAUUCCCUCAUCGCACCCACCGAAUUGAUACCGGCAAAUAAAGAAAUCGCCCGAUAUUCAACUACUGCGUUGUCCGGGCAAGACACUUCAAAUAUCCGUAGACUGCAGGAUACAUUAACUUUCGGUAUUUAAAUACAAUACACAUUAUGAACGUAUACGAGUAUAAUAUUGCAAUUCAAGACACUGGAUAAAUAUUGGAUAAUAAUUACAAUUAGGAUAUAUUAGGAUAAAUUGUCCACGCACUCUGUAGUAGAUAUCUUAAAAGAUACGUUGGUUAUUUAUUUUUUCGGAAUCUCCAACAAUUCUCUUUGUUUUCGUAUAAUCGUUUUCAAUUUGUAUGUGUUUAUCGAAAAUCCAGGGAAGGGAUUGACCAAGAUUUUGCCUACCCAUCAACGGGCAUUUUACUUAAAAAUUAGUAUUUACAUUUUUUAUACAGUGAUUUCCGUAUUACAAGACAUUCAAUGCUUUCCAAAACCGAGAACUGAAUAUUAGAUACUAUUAAUAUAUAAUUGUAUCAAAGAUACCACGUAACCUUGUCUAGAUACAUAAUGCUAUCAAAUAUUAUCGAAAUGUUUCGUAUUUUAAUAAAAUAAAUGCUAUUGAAUUCAUUCAUCAUUGGCUCUAGACGAACACUGUUAUCGAUGAUUUUUGUUAUAACAAAUUAUUUCGGUUCACGUAAAACGACGUAGAAAAAGCCUUAAUAACAGCGGUUUUACAGUAGUUCAAUGGAAUAAUAUUUAUUUAUCAAUACAAAACAACAUAUUUCCGUGACCACCUAGUCGGCGUUUUUUGAAAUAUUUGUGUAUGUGUAUUUUAGAAGUAAUAUCAGUGAACAGCAUAGCACUGUCACUCGAAUCGAAUUACCCUCUUAUUUUGUAUGAUAAAAAUAUUCGUUGAAAAACAAUAAAUAACCGAAUGUUAUGUUAUUGAAAUACGACUCAAAAUAAGAAAUAAAUGUAAAAUUUAGCGUUAAAAUAGUAAAAAUGAGGUCUUAGUGUCGAAACCAGCCAAAGCUACUCCGAAUAUACAUAUUAAAAAAAAUUUCAUUUCCCUAGCUUUAUUUGGGAUGAUGUCUGUAGUUCGUGACACACAUUUUUCGAGCACGAUUGUUGAACAUAAUAUUAUUGUUCCUCAAUGAAAAAAAAAAUAAUAAUAUUAUAUAUAUAUAUGAUCAAAAUAAUAAUAUUGUAGUCUCUUCGCUCUUCGAUUAACCGACGUUUCCGUUGAAAUAAUUCCCUUCUAAUAUUACGGACAAACACAAUAUAUGUAUUUAUUAUAUUCGCAUGCAAGUCACUAUCAUUCCUCGUCCCCCCUAGUAUUUUUUAUUUUUUUUUUUUUUUGAACCGGAUAUGUUUGCAGUUAUUGCUUUUUCAAAUAACAAACACACGUCAGUCGUCGACUUCACGAAGAGUAGAAUAAUAAAUAAUUAUAUAUUAAACGUAUUUUUAUUUUAUUUUAUUUUUUUGUAAUUUUUACCUACUACGCAAACUAUAAUGAAAACCUUUUCUGUAAGUAUUAAUAACUGUGCAGCAGAAAGCAUAAUAAACGAUAAUUUUGACUAUAUAAACCGGAAAUCAAAAAACACGUUUUUUUACAUUGACGGAGUGGUGAACUUUUAAUAUAAAACAUAUAUUAAACAUGCGUAGUGACGGAUAACCCUCCCCAGAAACGAUGGCACCCCUUCACCACACGUCAAUGAGUGGUUAGCUUCACACGUGCUACUACAUCACUACUUUUUUUUUUUCCCCCAUCAAACUUAACGUGUGGCGUUUUUUAUUUUUCGCAGGUUUUCGACCGGUUAAGAUCGGAAAUGGACGCGGAUAAGGUGUUUGCCAAAAUUGUGUGUAUCAGCGGUGACGUGUCUGAUCCCGGCUUGGGCCUGAGCCCGGAGGACAAGCAAAGACUAAGUGAGGAGGUGACGGUCGUAUUUCACUCUGCGGCCACCGUAAAGUUCAACGAGACACUCCGCACUGCCGUUACGCUAAACACGCUGGGCACGAGGCGCGUCGUCGACCUUUGCCGGGGGAUGAUUAAACUCAAGGUAUUUACAUAUAAUUUAAUAAUAAUAGUAGGUAUGGGCGCGUGCGUCCGGUUUGGUUAUUGGUAAAUAUUAUAUUGACGAGCAAACAAAAUAAGUGUAAUGCUUCCUACACCUACAGGUUUAUUUAGCAAAAUCAAUAUAUUCCGUAGGAUUGGAUAGGCGAUACGAGGCCUCUCAAAACAAAAACUAUCUAUUUAUCACUGAUAGCGUCAAUGUAAGGGACACAUUCUCAAAGUUCUAUGUGUGAGGCAUAAUCCACACUGUUUGGUUGCGAAAACCUGAAAAAUUGUUCAGUUGAACAAAUUAAAUUGGACGCUUUCGAAAUGUAAUAGUACGUACUUCAGAAAAUUGCUGAAUAAUCACAUCGGUCCUGUAACGCUUACAAAUGGCCACAAUCGAAAUGUAUUCAAUCCGGAGAGGAGAUGAUCGCCGAAUUAAAGAUGUAAUCAUUCACUAUGUUUUCACAGGGGGGAUUUUUUAUUAUUAUUAUUAUUAUUUUCUAGUACAAAUAGACUGCCUGGGAAUCAGAAAAAAAUCCCUCUAUUAAACAAUAUAUUGAAUUUCGUGGUCUCAAACUUGAUGAAAUCAAUUUUGUUUUUAUUAAGUUAGGACCCGUGGGUAAUAUAUUGGAACCACGAAAAUACAUUUUUUUCGCUAAAACAUAAUAUUUUCUAUAAUACCUAUUUUUGCUGUAUAAUUAAAACGGUAAAUCCCGGUAUAUAACGUACUCUUAAUAAGGCGGUGGACGGAACGGGUCGGCCGACGGGUGGCGAUUUUCUUUUAAAUAUCAUUAAACUCGACGACGACGAUGAAUAACAUUAAAUUGCAUUCGAAAUAAUAUUUUGGAAAUUUACUGUUAUUGUGUAAAUCGACAUUACUUCUCCGUACAAAAACGCAAUAUGAUAUUUAUUUUAAGCACGCCCGUUGUUUUUAUUUAUUUUCCCGGCGAAUUCCCCACAGACGAAUUUGCGCGCGCGUGUUUCGCCAAAAUGUAAAAAAAAGGUAGGUUAAGUUAAUGGUAGGGAAAGUAGGGACUCGCUUCAAAAUUUCCUUUGCUGCAUGGAGGUUUUAUUCGUAUAUGGUAAUAUUUUGUUUGCGGCUUAUGAUUGGUUAUUACUUCGAAUCGGUCCGGGUUCCAAUAUUACGUAUUUGUACGAUUAUUUUCCGGUUGAUCAAAGGAGAGCCAAGCAAACACAAAAUAAUUUUCACGGCAUGUUACAAAUAAACUGAAACUGGCAGCACGUACUGUACACAAUCCUGUAUUUUUGGUAUAGCCUCAACGUAUAUUUCAAACGUUUUGUAUGAAACAGACGUAGGUAUAUUUCGGAAAAUAUUAUUCGAUUGAUUUUCUUCGAGGCAGUAAACUACGUAUAACGGGAAAAAGCUCUCAAAGAAAAGCAAUGUACGAAAUAUAUGCGAAUAAAAAUAUAUACUUAUUUAAACUAAAAACUAUUUAAUCAUUAGAAUUUUUGAUUUAUUAAAAAUUAUGUUUGAACUUAUAACGUCCAAUGUUGUGUAAAAUAAUACAUUUUCUGAAGUUCGAAUUAGUCAGUACCUGAAAUUAACAGGAGUGAAUUGUCAAUUAUUUUUACCCAUGAAUCUGUAUAAAGAAAAUAAAAUAUUGGCGAUGCUAAAACUAUAAACUAUAGUAAAACGUGAGAGGUUUCCAACCCUCCCCUCACCCAUUAUCAAUAAAAUCAUUGACCACAAUCGAGUUUGAUCACUAGUGGUUUUAAUAGGUAGUACAAUAGUUGGGUCCCAAUGAAUUUUAUGUGCUUUAAUUGUUGGUUAUCGAUUUUCGGUAGGUUAUAUGCUAGUUGGGUCUGAACGAUUAAAUGUAAUACAAAACAUUUUUCUUGUCGUUUUUACAGACUUAUUACAUUUAAAAACUAUUUUGCCAGUGAUUUUUCUGUAAUUUUAUUCUUAAUGCAGUUUUAUUUUUGAAAAAUACAAUUCUUUCGGUUUUUUGUCUUUCAUUUUAGUGCAGUUUUCUAUUUGGGUACUAUAUAAACUGGUGGAUAUUAAAAUUAGAAUGAAUAUUGUAUUUUAUUUUUCUAAACUUUCAAAAUAUUGUAAUUAUUAUUAAUAUUAUGGUAUCUAUCGACUAGUACUACCUGUGGGAACCCGGGACUAAGCUAUUGCACUACCUUUAUAAACCAGGGACCCAAAUGUAGUGCAGAUGUUUCGGAUGGUUGGGAAUUUUUAUCGUAGGAUCCAACUCGGUUGUGUCAAAAUCAUUAACUAAAUUUGUAUACACAUUUAACAAUAUCAACAAUUUGGCAUUUGCAGAAUACUUUUGUACAAUCCUCAAAAUAUAUAGCGAAAUUUAAACGUUACAGUAUUAUGAAAAUUCUGGGUGUAGGUACCUACUAAUUUUAAAACUACGAAUUUUUGGCCCUCAUUCUCCCAUUUGAAACCACGUCAAAUUAUUUUUACAGAGUAAAAGAGACAUUAUAAAUUUAGGAAAUUUUUUCCAACACAAAUAAAUUAAUAAUAAAUGAUUUUAAAGCAAGUUUAUUAUUUUUUUGUUUAGUACUUACACACAUAGUUAAUGGUUAUUUAUUAUCAUUAGGAUAUUAUACAGUCUAUAAAAGUGCAUAGUAAAUGUAUAUCUUAUUAAGAUACACGAAGAAGUUAAAAAAAGCAGUCAUUCAUUAGUGACACUAAACUGACAUUUUUUAAUAUGUUUAUAUAUUUUAAAAAUAUAAAAUAGUAUUUUUAAUUUAAUAUAUAAGUAGUUAGAGAAUAAAAUUAAUUUUCCAGAAUGUCAGGAUAUCGAUUUAUUUUUUGCAUACGGUGAGGUUUUUCAUGAGAAUGUGUUUGAAAACGAUUAUGAAAGCGUUUAUAGAAGAAGCGUGCUUCUUUCAUUCCUAAAUAUUUGCUCUGCGACGAUUUUCCAAUAAUCCACCAUUAAUUGUCUCUUACUUAAUUUCGUAACGACCUUGCUAAAAAAGAAAAUGAAUUAAUUUAAAUACUUUAUACCGACAACAAAAAGUGUAUGUAAAAUUAAAUAAUUGACGAUUGAUAUACUGAAUACCUAAACCUGCAGUUGAUAAGUUUUCUAAAUUACUACAGAAAGCGUACUUUUAUUUUUCAAUUAUUCGACUUUUCUUGUCGCCUAUUAAGAUCUAGUGGCCUAUUUAGUAUUUAGUAAGGAGGGAGACAUUAAAUUUAGAAAUUAUUUUAUAUUGUAUAUAACGUGUACCAAUGUAUUGAUUUUUAUUAAUUUGUAUAAUAAUUUUUUUUAAGUAAUUUACAUCAUCACUGCUCGAAUCGUAAAAAUAAAAUAAGAGAGACUUUAGAAAAUGAGCGUUUCUUGCAAUAAUUUAAUUCAAUAUAAUCCAUGAGGCGCUUCGCCUUGUACGAGUAUAUCCAUCUUAUAUCAAUUUUUAUCUUUUUUUAUCUUCUUUUAUCUUUAAUUUUUAUAUUUUUCUUUCUAUUUGUUAAAAAUGUACAAAAAAAAAACAUACCCUACUUUUAAUAACACUAUUGAAAACUAAAUUAUUGCUUACAUAUACAUUUAUUUUAUAUUCUAUUGCGAUAUAUUGAUAGAUUUACUAUAAAGUAUCGUUUUCUUUUUUUUCUGUCUGUCAACAACGUUCCUACCAAAAAUUUCACCCAGAUUAUUAACUUUAAGGAUAAUUAGUUUCUAAUAGAAUAUUCUAUUAAUCAAUCUAAUAGAAAUAUUAAUUUAAUCAAAAACUACUGAUAAAAACGUGUUUACUGAAUUUCGGAUCUAGAUACUCACGACAUAAAUAAUUUUUUAAUUUUUCAUAAUAAUCUGGAAAUUUACGGCGUUAUGAUUUCAUUAUUUUAAAUUUAUAUUCUUACCAGAAAUGUUUCAAAAUUUAACAGAAAGUUCAUUAUAAAUUGUACUUAGUAGUUGAAAAAAAUAUUUGAAUGUAAUGUAAUAUUUUUUUUUUUUAUAAGAGUUUUUCGAUAUCAAUGGCUUAUCGUUGCUUGCAGAUAUGAUUUAAAUAACUUUAUGUAUCCUACCUUUCCAACUUUCUACCUACAACAUAGGCACACCCGUCCACAGUAUCAGCCCUUUUAUUUUAUUUAUAAUUGUACCCACUCUCAAUCAUAUGGAAAAAUUGAGAAAACCAUCUGUAAUAUUUCAUUUUUUUUGUUUUAUUCCAGUAAAAAAUAAUUAUAGAUUCCAAAAUAGACCUGUUUAGCUUUUUCGAACCUCGGUACAAUUUUCAAAACAUUUUGUCAACUUUUCAGUUUUUUUUUUCAGAUGUUUGGAUUUUUCGAAUGUUUAAGGCCUUUAUUUGAUUUUGUAUUAUGAAUAAAUAAAACUAUAAUAUGUAUUAAUAUACUAUUGAAAAGAUCACUAUUUUUCGAGACUUCGGGUGCAAGGUCCGGAGAACGAGCACAGCCAGUCCAAAUAAAGGAUAUUUUGGAAAACUCGUUAGUGUUUAAUUACUUGUGCGUGUUUAAACAGUAACACGGUUUUACGAGGUUACCUGGCGUUCUGUAGUAGUUACCGGGGGUAUUUACACCUAUAUACUCAACUACGAGCAAUAGUAGAAGUGUAAACUGGAAUAAGAGCUGGGAUAAGGGAAUUGGUGUUUGAGCGCCGCGGCGCACGAGGGAGUAACAUUCCCCUGACCGUCCUGUCAGUAAAGCCAUUUAUGUAGUUCCAGUGUAAAAUUGUUGACGUUGAAACAUUAAGAACCGAGAAUCUUGACCUAGUUUUGUUUUCUUGCCAUAUACUUCCAAGAAAUAUCCUUGCAUAUACGACAGUAUUGAAUUGAGAUUUGAAAUUCGUAAUAUUACAGAACUACGUGCGUAGACGAUUGUACGAAACUAUGCGCGGCUCGUGAGUUAUAAAACAUUAAAGGACAAUCGGUUUUUCUCGCAUUCCAAUACUUAUAACCAAAAACACAAACACGUUUUUAAAAAGUGACAAUUUAUAAUGAAAUAUUUAGUAUUACCAACGAGAAAUAUACGAUCGCGUACAAUCGCAUGCGUGGUAUACUAGUAUACAACUUUUAUUUUUCUGCAAGUAAAUUAGCGACUCGUCUGAAAUAGGUAUUCUUCUAGUUUUAUAAAAAUAAAUUACUUUCUCGAGAAAGUAAAGCGGUUUUUGCGGUUUUCGUAAUAACCGGGAAAGUCUGAAAAAUGUAUCGAAUAGUUUUUCAUUAACUGAAUGGCUUAUCGUUGCGUACGGAUAUAAAUUAAAUUCCCCUCAAUACUCUACCCUCCCAACUUCUCGACAGUGGUCCCCCCCCGUUAUGUCCGUCUUUUUUUGCGAACAGCGCGAUUGCUUAUUUUAAAACACUCCGAGUGUCGCACGUCGUCUUAGCUUGUAUAAUAUUUUCUAUACUCACAAGUCAUGAAUUAGUACCUAAAUUUCAAUGAUAACGUCAAAUUAAAUGCUAAACACAGUGCGGGGACUUGAAACGAUAAAAACUUUUGAGAAUUUCCGAAAAUAAUUCAUUCAGGUGCCAAAAUACGGAACAGCUGGUUCGUAAAUGAAAUCCAUUUUUCAUUCUCGAUUUAACGAAAAUAUAGAAUCUAAAAUAAUAGCUAAUGGAAUAAAAACAGUUCAAUAACAAUUAACAGAAUUUCGUAGUGGACAUAUCGAAAUGUUAAAUUUUUAAAAUUUAAGCAAAAUAAUCAACUGGUCGAAGAGAGAUUUACGGACACUACUGCUAUAUUUGUAAUAUACAUUUUUAACGUAGGGUGCCCAAUCAGUAGUAUGAUAAAUUGUAUAAUACGCCAUUACUGUUGAGCAGUAAUUAUUUCAAUAAUAUCAAAAGAUAAACUUAAAAAGAUUUUUGGAUGUACGUACAGCAUUGCUGCUCUAUUAGUAAUAGAAAAUUACGUUCUUAGAUGUAGUUUAGGAGAUUUUUUAUAAACGGUAAGUGCCCGUUACUUUAAAGUAGCAAUAGGAGGAUAAGAAAAAGUUUUGAGAUAUUGUAAAGUGACAAUAAAAUUACGAGAUAUUCGUAAAUAUUAUAAAAAUAGUAAUUAAAAUGUAUUAUUUUUUUUUUUUGCACAAUGAAAACGCUCGGAACAAAAAAUUGUUUUAAAUAUACGUAACUAUAUUUUUAUAAAUUGUUUUGGUAAAUUGUAAUACCAUGUUGAUUUUUCGCCAUCUUUAUUCAAUUUUGAACCACUUUUUAUUUUUAUUUUAAAACCAAAUUCAUUUAGUUCACUUAGCUAUAACUCCAGUUCAAAAAAAAGUUAUGAAACUGAAAUUUCAUAUUUACACUAGUCAUCAUCUAUUGAAGAGAUCCUAAAAAAACUAAAUUGAAUUUUUGAAAAUGUUCAACAGCCUAUUUUUGCCACCUAAAUUUCAUUCUCAGAUCGCUGUGCAACGGCUUGAUGGAAAUCAAAAAUAUUAACAUAAAAUUAAUUUAAACUGUUGCUGCGACUAUUUAUGAAAUAUUUAGUAUAGAUUAUAAUUUGGAAAUUAAAAGUAGGUAUUCGUUUUAUCACCAAAAAUAAGAGUGACAAAAAAUAAUGUAAAUAUACAAUUUUAGAGCUGCUUUUUCUUAAAUUAUUAUCAACAAAAAACUUGAAUUCCAAAUUUCGAGUAUAAUGAAUUACUACCAAUAAAUAUUGAAGAUUUGUAAGCUAAACAAAAAAUAGUUAUUCGGUGUAACUAUAUAUAAAUAAUAUAUAGUAUAAAAUAUAUAACUAAUGUAACUACAAACUCCAUCAAGUUAAUUAUUUUCAUUGGCGUGCCAUUUUAACUUUGAAAUACUUAAUUAUUUUUACAGGCUAUGAUUCACGUGUCAACGGCAUACUCUAACGCCGAUAAGCCAACCAUUCAAGAGUCUGUAUACAAACCACCCGGCGAUCCAGAAUUUGUGAUCAACUGCUGCCAGAAGAUGUCGGAAGACGACCUGCAGGUGAUGGGCAAAAGGAUGCAAGGCCGACACCCGAACACUUACACUAUGACCAAAGCCAUGGCCGAAUGGGUAGUCGCCGAACAAGCCGACGACAUACCUGCGGCUAUAGUGCGGCCCAGCAUAGGUAAUGUUAAGUCUAAAUUCUGAGAGUAGCCAGGAAUUUAUUGGUUUUACUAUUAUAUGCGCGCUUUUUCUUUUUCUAUUUUUCUUAUUUUUGUCUGUGAAAAAAUAUUGUACCAAAAACGAUGCUCCGAUCUUCAAGUGUAGCACUGUUUCUGAAAGAAAAUUUUAUCUGGGUGAUAAAUUAAACAGGUAAUCUUUGAUUUUUCUAGUGAUCUUCAUAAUAAUUAGGAAUUACCCGAAAAAGUAGGAAAAUUUACAAAAUGUAUUAUUUUCAAUUUUGUUUUGUGAUUUAGUUUAAAAUAUUCGUAGAGACUUGAAAUAUAAACAGAACAUUAAUAUUUACCUUUUAUAGACGUGUUCAAAAUAUUUUAUCCAUUUUUGAACUACUUAUAGACAUUUGAAUUUUGCAAGUUUUCUACGUGAUUUGUGAUUUUUAUUUGGCACGUAUUCUGUAGACAUAAUUAUUUGAUCAAACAGAAAUGCUUGAAAAUUUAAUAGGAGGUUCAUUGUAAGUCGUACUUUGUGGUAAAAAAAAAAUAAAAAUAAUCGAAUGUAGAAUUUUUUUUUUUUUUAUGCAAUUUUAAUAUCAAAUGUUGACGAAAAUCGUAAAUAUUAUGUUUUUUUUAAUUAUGUAUAACCAAACUCCGCUUAGAAUCGUUUUUCGUUAGCCAUGUUCAUGUUUAACUGUUGCGUACAAAUAUGCGUUAAAUUCUCCUCUAUAUCCUACCUUCUGUCUUUUAAAUUCUGAGUGUAGCGAUGAAUGUAUUGGUUUUACAAAGUUUGUUUUUUUUUUCUAUGUGAAUACUUUUUCUACCAGAAAGCUUACUCCAAUGUACAAAAUGUACACCCUUUUCUGAAAGGAAAUUUUCUUUGGGUUGGUACUUUAGGAAAGUCAUUUUUCGAUUUUCUCAGAGUUUUCUCAUCAAAUGUGAAAAACAGAAGAAAAACGGGAAAAUUCACGUAAUGAAAAAAAACGCAAUGGUUUAUCGUUGCUUACAGAUAUAUAUCAUAAUUCCCUCCUAUACCUUACCUUCUAAAUUCCCCGCCUACAACAGUAGAUGUACCCGUCUCCAUUAUCCUAGGACAGCUUUUUUUUAAUUUUAUUACAUUAUAAAUUCUUUUCAAUUUUUUUUUCUUAACAUUGUUUAUUUUAUAAUAUCGCAUUGUUCAAUUAUAAGAUCGCUAAAACUAAUUGAACAAAGGUAUUUUUUAGAAUAUUAAAAGGAGUAAAAAUUAUGUACACUAAUAUUAUUAACUAUACGAAAGCGUAUAGAAGCAUAAUAAGACUGUGCAAAAACAAUUUGAACAAAGGAAAAUAGUUAUUUAUUAAUAUUUUGUUUAUGACAAGUAUUAUAAUAUUAUGAGAUGGGGGAUUCACUGUAUUCUCUAAGCAUUAAUACGUCUGGCCUUUUUAUUAUUUUUUUGUUGUACAACUUGAUCGUGCGAUACAUACUGUUAUUUUUAUUCGGCGAACAGCGUUUAUUAUUCGAAUAAGUUGUUUCUCUUACAUACAAAACACGCGAUGCAAUUAAUGUACACAUUUAAUUGGAGAAAACACUGCCUUCGUUAUUUUCAUAUAAAAAAAAAAAAAAUUCACUACUACGGCGAUACAGAAAAUGAAUAUUUCACGAGGUUAAGUCCGUCAUUGUUAAGUCACGAUAAAAUUUACUACGACAUAAUAUAGUUCAAGUGUCUAUAUGCGAUCUCUAUGGAUUGACAACAUUAACCCUAUUUAUUUAAAAUAUUUACCAGGAAAUAUUGCAAUUUAACCGAAUCGUGUUCCUACAUAUAUAUAAUUGCUGGUUUAGGAUUUUUUCUUUUGGCAUAACCUAGUUCAAACAAAUUUAUAAUAAUAAUAAUUUUAAAAAAGUUGAACGCGUUAUAAUUAAUAAUUUAUUUCGUCCGUAAUUUUUGUUUUUGUCGUCUACGAGCAAAAACUCUCGGAGAAAAAAAAGUAGAUUUACCAGUGUUAUUCACGAUAUUCCUAUUAUGCGCAACACACGGAUGCAUGGCGUACAAAAACGGAUACGAAAAGUUUAAUUGAGAUCAAAACAAUUCUCUAGUACUCUAGUUUGUUCGUAAAAAAAAAAAAAAAAAACAGGAAGUAUGAAAUUGAAUUAUUAGCGAGACUUUAAUCAACUCAACGAUCACGACGGGAACGAAACGAAGGUAUUUUUUUUCCACGUUAGCCCAGUUGAUAAACAGUUGAUUGCACACGAGCACGCAUUUUAUAAAUGUUAAUUUUAAAUGUCCUACACAAUAAUGUUUAAAAAGCCGAAUCCGCGGUCAGCAGCAUGAGUACUGCGAUGCUUUUGAGAGUGAAACAUUCUCAAUAUUAUAUAUAUCUAAUGUAAAAUGAUGCCGUUUCGUUUCUUUUGCACGAUUUUCUGGAAAAAAUCUCACAGCCACGAUUGUCUUUAAUAGGUUUUGGAUUUUGAUCAUAUCGAGAAAUUGAUGUUAGUUUUCGCUUAUUUUGAUCGAAAAUUUCAUAGGAGCUUUCUAAUGGAGUGUUGAUGCAUAAAAAGGGAAAGGUGGUUAUAUUUUUAAACUGCCUGUAAUUUUUCUAAUAACGGUGGGAAAAUGGAAUAGAUAUAUAUUCAUUACCGAGAUUUUUGUUAACAUUUUUCGGAAUUUGUUAUAGUAUUAAGUAAGAUAAUAUGAUCUUAAACCAAGAAAAUGUCACGGAAUACAUAUUGUAGGUAAAUGUUACAAUGUUUUAGCGUAAUUCUCUAGAUGUGUGAUACCUAGUUUUCAAAUGUUUUGGUUAUUCUAUUUAAUAUAAACUAAAUUUGAAAUGUUUAAAGUGUUUGUUAUUGCUGGUUAUAUUUCAUUAAUUUUUUCACCAUCUUGUUCGUUCCAACUAUUCGGGGUCGUCCCGCCCCCCCCCUCGAUCUAAACUUCCACUUGACCCGAUCUCCUUCUUCGCGUAUACCGGCUGUUCUCAUAUCAUUCUCAACCGCAUUUACCUCCUUACACGUUACGUUUCAUACCUGUUUAUUUUUAAUAUUUUUAUGUGCGCUUGCAGUGACCGCCGCAUGGAAGGAACCGUUUGUAGGAUGGGUGGACAACAUGAGCGGAAUUACGGGCAUAAUGAUGGAAAUCGGACGAGGUACGAUAAGAAGCAUCGUGUGCGACCAAAAGCUCCGCGUGGACAUCAUACCGGUGGACAUUCUCGUCAACACGCUAAUAACGUCCGCUUGGCACACGGCCACACACAGGUAAAAUAGAAGAAAAUAUGAAAAUCUACAGAAACAUCUAUUUAUCAUGAACCAACGAGUUUCUUGGGAGAGUGAGUGAGCGAGUUUGAUUUUUGUUUUUUCGAUCAUUAAUAUGGAAUCUUUUAAGCUACAUUUGAACAUUGGAUUACAUUUUUACCGUUGUACGUUGUACCUGAAUUUUUAAAGACUUUUGAUUUUUGAAAUAACGAAUCCUCUUUUAAACAUAGAUUUAAGUAGAAAAUAUAUGUCUACACAUUUUGACAAUACGUAACAUUAGUAUCGAAUUUAUAGGUUAUAAAUUAUAACUACAGUUAAAAAUAUAGCCUGGAGAUGUAGGGAACGAUAGUUUACUAUCAAAAAUGAAUUACUUAUCCAAAAAAGUUAAAGUUAAAUUUAUUACCAUUCGCUUCACUCUUCCGGUCAAAAUUGUAAACUAAUAUAAUCCAUAACAUUAAAUCCGAUAUAAAUGUUGAGCACAUCGCCCAUGUUUUUAGUCACGCGUUUCCUAUGCAAAUUUGUGUGUAAAAGAAAGUCGCCAUAUGAAAAUCAAAAGGGUAUACAAAUUUAAGGUAGGUGUAAUGAGUGUGGGGUUGAAAAUUGAAAAUAAUAUUAAAACAAAGCACAAUGACUGAAAAAAAUUAAAUUCACUGAAAAUUCUCCGAGAAAAUCCACAGUUCGUGAUAAAUAAUUGGUCACUAUCACUCUGUAUGAUAUAGAAUUACCUAGUGAUACAUACUAGGUUCACAGACAAAUAUUAUAUUGUUGCAAAAUAGAACUUUCGAGCAAAUAGCAAGUAAACGCGAAAACCGUAAUUUAUCUAGUUCAGCGAAAUAAUAUAAUUAUUGAAUUAAUAAACUUAGUGAUUUCGAACGAUUAUAAAAAUAAUACCGCCAACCAGUGAUAUCCGCGAAGUUGUUACGUUAUUUUAUUAACUUAUGGCGGAUUCUUGGCAAGCAGCCACCCGUGCCAUAAGAUAUGAUGACGUGCACAUGUAUAGAAACGGGAAAUAUAAUUCUUAUUUCAAACAUAAAUCGCGCUUGAGCAUUGUGAUUACUAUAUAUACAAAAUGUUAUAGCAAAUCCAUAAGGCCCGUGGCCCAAGAAAAAUAAUUCGAUACUAUACUAGGUUCAUAAAAAAAAAAAAAAAAAGAAAAAAGUACGCAUUUGUUACCGAGUACACAACUCACGACCGAGCUCGGCCCCCCAGGAUGUUAAAAUAUUCAUUGUGUCAUUAUUAAUUUACAACGAUUAUUCGAAGUAUGAAAAUGUGCAUAGAAUGAUUAUACGGAGGGUUUGUUUUCAAGUUUGACACCAGGGUUCACUGGAUCCUUAAUCCAGCCUUGUUCGCACCAUACAAUUAAUAUAGACAAUAAUAUACACAAGACUAAAAUAUAUGGUGUAAAAUCUAUGUAAAAAAAAGCGCAAACUAUUUGUUAAACAAACAUCUGCUCCUGGCACCAAAUUUUCUGGAGCGUCAAUUUACCACACAGUUGGCAUAACAUUAUAAUAAUUAAUUGGGCAAUAGAUAUAAAUUAAUAGCGAUAUUGAUACAAUAGGUAAUUUUGUAAAAUUACCAAACACGAUUAAAAUUUCAAUGAAUUAACUUAAUAAUAUUUCAUACAAAAAACUACUAAUUGAGUUCAAUUUUUUUAUUGAAAUACAAUUUAUACCGAACAUCGUGUUAAAUUUUCAAACAUCUCUGUUUGGUCAACCAUGAAACCAAAUAAAAACUAAGCAAACUCGAAAAUGUUCAAUUACAGUUACAAAUAGGUAGCUAAACAAUCGUUAGAAUAUUAGAAAUAUCUGGAAAAAUUUAGAUUCUGCAAAAAAUUUCAGAUCUCGAACUACGACAAAAAUGGAAAAUCGACAAUUUGUAUUCUGCGUGCAACUUUCCAACCAGAAAUCUUACUCUGAUGUACCAAGUAUAGCAUCUUUUCUGAAAGAUAAUUUUCCGAAAGAGCUCAUUUUUUUUAAUUUUCCAAGCGGUUUUCGUAAAAGUUUGAGAAAACGUAGGAAAAACGGGAAAAUUGCGCUCCGAAUCAUUUUUUGUUAUCAGAGGUUUUCCGUUUCAUACAGUUAUCCGUAACAGUAAAUGCAUACAUUAAAUUCCUCUCUGUUAUUAAUCUAUUUACGUUAAAACAGGCAUUAAUUUAAAUAUAGUGCAGAAUAUAGACAAAACAAAACCAGUAUGAAAUUACACAAUAUUAUAUAUCUAUAUCCUACUUUCCCAAAUUUUCACCUACAAUAAUGGCCCACCCGUCAUGCGAAGUUUGUCCGCCUUUUUCCUACCUUUUUUAUCCGGUUUUUCCAAUUAUUAGAAAAACUACAAGGAAAAUCAAAAAAUGACCUCUUCUCCGAUGCACCGACUAUAUCCGAAAUACUGCAAAAUAGCGUUUUUUUUUUUUUUUUUUUUUUAAGUUUACAAUUAUAAUUUUUCUGGUAGAAAAAUUUUUCAGAAACAGAAAAAUAAAUAAACACACAUCGUAUAAAAACCAAUACGUUUUUCGCUACGCUUUUAAUUUAAAAUAGUCGCGGGAAACCAUUAAUAUUCCUACGUCACGCGUCGCCCCAAUAUCAUAUUUAUUUCACAGCGGUUUUUUGACGUUUCCCUGGAACACUUGGCAAUAAAAUACCUACUAUACAUACUGAUGCGGUAAUUAAUACUCAAGCCACCAACUUAUAAAUGUGUAAUCUUGUAAAAUUUAAUGUCGAGUACGUUUUCACCAAUACGCGGAUUAUUCACUGCAGUUAAAGUUUUUUCUCCAUAUUUAUUUAUUUUGUACAAUGACAAAUAAUUUUUUUUAGACUUUUCGUUUAUAUUAUUGUUAUUAUAUGGUAUUUUUUUCUGAAUUCUUAAUUAUUUUUCUAAAUAAUUGCUUAUUAUGUUGAUUUUUUUUUUUUUUUUUUUUGACACUUUUUUGAUUGGACGAACGCUCUACUUUGUCCACGCAGUACCACAGAAUAUGCGGAAUUUCUGUUCUGUGGUACUUUUAUUUGAGACAUUUAUCGAGAUUUUCAGAAGUUCAUCCCCCGAUGCUUGUUUUUAUUGACUUCAACAAGUUUGUCCUGGGCAACUACUACCGGGAGGGGGGGGGGUUAGGAAGCACGACUAUUCCUAUAUUAUGAUACUAUCCGCUGGGUGUCGUUUUUCGUUCGCAACGAUUUAGCAACAAUCACAUUUCCUACUGCGCUCACUUCCAACAGUGACUUACCCGUGCGCGGUGUACAUUUUGUUAUGUAUUUUUUUGUCGUCAUAUCAUUAUAUAAUAAUAAUUAUAUAGGUACGUAUAUUGUUUGUACGCUGCCUACUCAUAUAUUGUCGCUAUUGUUUUGUCGACAGUAUCGCUUAGGGGAGAAAAAAAUUUAAAAAUGUAAUUAUAAUUGGGUAGUGUACGUACCUGCCCUUAUUGUAGAGACAUAGUUGUCAUGCGUUGUGUUAUAUAUUUUUUUUUUUUUCAAAUCGUAUAUUCUUGCAUAAUAGUUUUUAACGACAGUUUCCCAGAGAAUAACGCGAAUAAUGAUUUUUGUGUGACCCGCCGGCAGCGUGGGUUGUUCUUUUACGAGAACUACGGGCAAAUAAUAAUAUAACUUGCCAAAGAAAGCGGUCUGUUGAAAAACUUAGCGUCGAUUAGUUUUGUUUUUAUUCAUUUAUUUUAUUGCUCUGAAAGGACAAUAUGUUAUUGUAUAACGGUACGGAGUUGCUUAACAAAAAUAAAAAAAAACAAAUAUUGUAAGCAAUAUAAAUAAAAUUAUAUUAAAAGCGGAUAAAACCUUGUCGUAUAUAGCGAUUCUUCAGACUACUAAAGAAUUUAAUAAAAUUUCAUUGCUUUUGUAGAGCUCGGAAAAACUCGUUGGUUUCAAUUUAAAGUUUAAACAAAAAAAAAAAAUGAUUUAAAAUAUAUUACAAAAUAUAUUGAAACCGUAGAGAAUUUCUCCUUGUCAAAAUAGCACUAUAAAAACUGUACUCGUGUCCGGGACUGAGCAUUAACGAAUGGGAAAGUUAUAAUUUAUUAAACUUUACCUUUGAUUUUUCAUUUCCUUAACUUAUUUACAUUUAAAUUAAUUUAACAAUGAUAACGAUUUAAUUUUUAAUCAUAUCACGUUUCGAUAUUUUUUAAUUUCAACACAAUUUUAAAAUUUUCUGCAAUACUAUUUGAAGAAAUAUAUUCCAGGUAACGCAUUGAUUCGUUUAUUUAUUUUAUUUUUAAGUAUACAUUUUUUAUUUAUAUAUUUUUUUUACUACAUUUAUUUACUUUAAAUAAUAUUUCUUUUCUUUUUUAAUCAAUAACGAGCGUGAAGUUUCCUUAUUAGAAAAUAAUUAUAAUUUAUUAUUCCUGAAACAUAAACCCCACGUUGAACACAAAUUAUUUAAAUUUUUACAAAGCACAAAAAUAAAUUCGCUUUAUUUUUAGUCAAUUAGAUUUUCAAAUUAACUUUCUACUUAAUUAAGUUAUUUAAAAAAAAAACAAUUUACUUGUAGCGUAGUAAGUUUUUAAUUUUUUUUUAUUUAAUUCGACUUAACCCGAGUUGAUAUUAUGUUCAUUAACUUUCCCUAGUUGUAAUCUUUCUAGUGUCGUUUUCUUUUUGGAAUUCAAACAUUUCAUCGUCCGUAUUGUACACUCAAAUUUUUGAAUUUUCAUAUUUUAUUGAUUCGCGGGGGUAAGUCGGCUUUGAAAACCAUAAUAUUUUGACGACAAAACUAACAACAAAAAAAAUUCUAAUCAAAAUCUUCACUAUACUACGUAAUAGUUUAAAAGUGGAGAGCUCCAUACUGGUGAGAUACAAAAUAAUUGGUAAAAAAAAAAGAAAGUUUUGCCGGGCUCCUCGCGAAAUCGUCUUUUGUUCGCGAUGAUUUAUCGUUUCUCGCCGUAACGCACACUAAAUCGACUCUGCUUUCCCGACUUUCCACGUAAAUCAGUGCAAACCAUAUUGUAUUAUAUCUUAUUAAUCUUUUCUUCUUUUUUUUUUUUUCGAAACUGAGACCUUUCUGAUUUUGUAAACACGCACACUAAUGGAUAUUAUACCACACAUUAUACAGCUACGCGGUGUACACCGCCGGAGCUUUUCGUUUACCGCAGACACGGUUCACACGAAUAUCGAUAUCGCCGUGCGCGCGCGUAAUUAUUAUUGCGUAGCCUUGGCGAAAUCCUAACAAAGCGACGUUCGUAUACUAUGCCGUCGAAUGAUAUCGGUGUUAUCAAAUUGUUAUUACACCGGAAAGAAUUUCAACGUUACCGAUAUUCAUCAACGGUCUCCCGGAACCCGAAAGGUUAUUACGGCCGAAACGUAAUGUUUAACGAACCGAUGAAAGUCUAUAGAGGCAGGAUAAUAUUGUCAGGUACCCGACGUCGCAUUAGCAGUUCGUGCGUCGGCACGUGUCGUCAGACUGAAAUACUGUCGGGCUGUCAAGUAUAGCAAUGCCGUGUGACGAUCGGCCGACCAAAUCACAUCGUCUUGUACCGCCGUACUUUCUGUGAUCUACAGUGUCGUGUCACUCUACCUAGUGGAAUUAAUGGUGAUUCAACCUACCAAAUCACGGAGCUCUUCUAAGCGUUUCUUUAAAAAACAAUACACGUUGCAUUAUUGAUUGUACGGUAAAACAGCAACGAAACCCAAGUCACUCCUUUUACAUUAUCACCGCUAUAACUUUAUGAAGACCCUAAAUGCCGUGUGUCAAUCAUUAAUUAAAACGCCUAUAAAUAGUUCAUAAGGUUAUUUUUACGUAUUCCAGAUGUAUAAGGUUAUUUGUAACCCAAUAACGGUAAAAGUAGUAAAUCAAAAAUAAUUUUCACUUUUAUCCGACGAUUUUUUCUUUCUCAGUUGCUAAUAUGAAAUACAUUAGAAAAAUCGAAAAACAAUCUGAUCAAUUUCAACGACUGUAUGUAUACUAUCGAAAAACUCUCUUGCCGUUUUUUCGAUCAGGACAAGAUUUCUGAUGGAAAAAUUGCGAAGAACCAAAAGAGAGAAAGGUGAUAUUGCUGAUAGGUACGCAUUUCGCCACUGUUGUAGGUGAGAACUGGUAAGGUAAGCUAUAUAAAUGCAUUUAAUUUAUAUCUGUAAGCAACGAUAUCGGAUGUACCAUUACUAACGAAAAACGAUUCUAAAUGAAGUUCGUUAGUACGUGAUUUGUAAGGCCAUAAUAUUUAGGAUUUUCUUCAAAAUUUGAGUUUAAAACAGUUAUAAAAAAAAAAUAACUACGUUAUUUAGACUCUAAUUUUCUUUUUCUUUUUUCUACUAAUUACACCUUAAAAUGAACCUCCCGUUAGUUUUUCAAGCAUUUCUGUUAAGUCGAACAUUAGUGUUCACAUAGUAUACUUAUCAAUUAAAAACUACAUAAAAAACUCGCAAACAUAAAAUGCCUAUAAAUAGCUUAAAAAUCGCUCAAAUGUUUUUUUUAAAAUUUUACUAGGUCUAGAAAAAAUAAAUACAAGCUUUUCGUCAAAAUUCCAAAUCUCUAGCAAUGUUUUAAACUGAAUUACAAAACAACUAAACGUCAUAUAUUAAAACCAAUACAUUCCUCACUGCGUUCAGAAUCUAAAACGGUAAUAUUAUACUUGCCGUUCCGUAAUUGACGGUUUAGUUAUAUUGUUCUCGAUGAGUGGAGAAUUGGAUUACGCGGCUUUGUGCGGGUUUAAAAAUAUUGGUUACACAAACGUAACCGGAACCGUCUGGUCUUUUUCGAUAAUUUUAUUUUCGUUUUGUAUACACUCGUUCGUUUUUAGUCACGGUCCAUCAGCUGUUUUAACCGUGGUAGAGCACUAUUCAUUUUUUUCGUUCGUUUUCAAGAGUGUUGAGAUAUUGAUUAUUAUUAUUUUUAUAAUUAUUACACAGACUUACAACAAAACCGGCCAAGUAUACUUUACAUCAGUGUUUCCCAACAUAUGGGUUGUGAAAUAUUUUUGAUGGGUCGUGAUGAAAGAAAAAUAUUUUGAUUAAAAUAUAAAAAAACAGAAAAAAUAAAAAAUAUUUAGUAAGAAUAAUAAGAAAAUAAGCAAAUGUGAAAAACCGAACAAAAUAAAAAACUGAAGAAAAACUGAAAAUGUACGAAAUGUAGGUAUUAGUUAAAAAAAUAUUACAGACUUCUUUUUUCCUGUGAACAACUUUUGCUCCAAUUUAAAAUGAUAGCACUUUUUCUGAAAAGAAAUCCGACUGGGAAGGUAGUUUAAGGAGGUCAUUUUUCAAUUUUCCCAAGAGUUUUCCAAGCAAAUGUAAUAAAACAGAAAAAUCGGUACAAUAUCAAACAAAUAUUAUUCAAAAAAUAUAUAAUACCUAUUUAAUUAUUUUACCAUAAUAUGAUAUAUAUAUAUAUAUACUGUAUGCAAAGCAUCACUUUCAACUGAACUCCGUUCAGAACCGUUUUUUCGUUAGCAAUGGUUCAUCGUUGCUUACUGUUUUCCGUUAAAUUCCCUUCUGUAUCCUACCUUCCCGAAUUCCCACCUACAACAGCAGCUGGUCAAAUGUACCCCCAUUAUCCUAGGGCAACUUUUUUUUACCCAAAAAAGAAUAAAUGUGUAGGCCGCCAUAACAAAAACGUUGGGAACCACUACCUUACAUAAUCGAAUAUAGUUUUUUUUUUUGUCACACGGUUUCGUCACCUCUCGCCCUCCCCACCUCUUCCCCAACAACCAGCCGGGUCUUCAUUAUUAAGUACCCGCUACAAAAUUACAACUCGACAGUUAUAAAUGCGUGUCGUCAUUACGUAGCAAUAUUAAAAUUUUGUACUUACGCAUAAAGUAUAUAGAAAUUAUAAUAAUAUAGACGGAAUCUAAAAUUAGGGGAGAAAAGAAAUAAUUCUUUUCACCCCUAAUUAAAAAAAAAAAAAAAAGAGUAAAUAAAAAAAUUAUUUAAUGAAUAAAUUAAAUCAGGAAAAAUAAACAAUAGGUUGCAGGGUCGGGGGAGAACUGUGGGAGAGAAAUGGUAAUUUUAAAAAAAAAUAAAAGCUUUAUAAUCAAGAAAACAUUAUAAUAGUACCUAUAUAACAGAUAAAGGCGGGGAAAAAGUUUUUAACGGUUUUCUACAGAGGAGAGGUUCGAGGAAAAGUGGAUAUUAUAAGUCUGCUCAGCAGCUGAUGUUACAAUCUACUUAGAAAUUAUGUAACUUCGUCGAGAGGGUAAAGAAAUUGAGAGAAAGACGGCGUGUUUGCGGGAAAAAUAAAAAUACGAUUUCGCUUGUUACAUAACAUCCGAUCGUAAUUUAGUUUUUUUUUUUUCUAUACGUAUAGCACUAUAUGAAAUAUAAAAACUUUUCUGCGGAAAAAACUAAGCCAGCACGGCGUUUUUCAAUUUUCAAUAGUUUUAAAAUUGUUUUUUUUAUUGUAAAAUGGAAGCCGUUUAAAAAAAAAAAAAAAAUACAAACAAAAAUACUUCGCACGAUGGGUGGGUGUUGUAGGUGAGAAAUUGGAAAGUUGGAGGGAAAUUUAAUUUAUAUCUGUACGUAACCACGAACAAUUGUUUACGACAAACGACAAACGAUUCGGAGCGAAAUUUAUUUUAUGCAUGUACUCAUGUUAAUUAUUCCGUUUUCCCAACGUUUUUUUUACCGGUUUUUCUCAAUUAUCAUGAAAACCACUUGGAAAAUCAAAAAAAAAAAUACCUCUCUAAGGUUUAAAAUAUUAACUAUAGAUACAAUUUCCUUUCAUAAUAAGUGAUACACUUGCAUCGGUGCAAGAUUUCUGGUAGAAAGGUUGCUUACAGAAUAAAAACAAAAUAUAACACAUAAAAUAAUACCGUUGUAAAACCAAUACAUUCCUCGCUACGCUCUAAGUCUAAAACGAUUGAUUAUAGAAAAAAAAAAAAACCGAUACUACUAAUAACGAGAAGUUGAAAGAGAUGUUAUAAUAUAAAGUAAUUUAAUUUCUAUUUAUACGCAACGAAAUACCGAUAGUAAGGGUAAACGAUUAUAAGCUGAGUAUUGUUAGUCUAGUCGUAUAUUUUCCCUUGUUGUCAGAAAUCGACAAAAAAAAUGACCAGUUUUUCCUAUUUAUUGAGAAACUUAUAAGAAAAAUCAAUGAAUUACCUCCUCGAGUGCACCAUUCUAAAUCAAAAAUUAUUCGACAGUGAACUUUUUGCUUAGUUGCUCUGUAUAGAUUUCCGGUAGAAAAAUUGCUUACAGACAAAAUAAAACACAUAAAAGUGAAUCCAAUUACUUGGUCCGUUCAGAAUACGCACGAAAAAAAUUAUAACGAAAACUUUAUAAAACGGAAAAUUCUCAGUUCUCUAUUGGUAACAGAUAAUAAUUUCGAAAACGGAUUAUUUAAAUUAGAAGCAGGUGCACGCGUAACGACAAAAGAGCAGCGGGAGCCAUACCGUAUUUUGAAUUUCGAAUAUCGCAAUUCACCAAGACCUCGGCGCUCGGUUAUGUAGGUAAUACAAAUUUGAUUACGGUUUAUAAAAAAAAAAAAAUAAUAAUAAUAAUAAUAAUCUCUACGUUUUCGUCGUCUGCGGCGGCGGUAGUUUUUUUCCGCCUCUAUUCGUUUACUAUAAUAUUAUUCUGUUACACGCUUUCCAUAUUACAGGUCGUAGAAUCAAACGUUUCUGUCUGGGAUUUUCGAAAUUAUGUGUUCCAACUUUGAGAGUAUGAUGUAGGCGCACGGAUAAUAAACCUAAUAAAAAUUUAGUCUACCGGAUCCUGUAUUUUACAUAAUUUCAGGGUCCUUUUUUACAUCAUCAUAAUACUUUAUUCGUCGUCAUAUUUUAUUAAGUACAAUUACCUACAGCACAACAUAUUAUAGAAGUAUAAUAUUGGAGUUUUCAGAAAAUUAAAAGACAUGCAACGAAAUCGUUUUGUUUGUGUGCGUGUGUAUUCCUUUACGAUAUAUUUUAUACUCGAAGCGUAGCGAGGAGUGUAUUGGUUUUACAAUGAAGUUUAUUUUUUUUUCCCCGUGAACAACUCUUCUACAAGUAAUUUCGCUCCGAUUUACCGUUAUAGACAUUUUUCUGAAAGGAAAUCUGACUAGUGAGAUACUUUAAGAAGAUCAUUUUUUCGAUUUUCCCAGGAGUUUUGCCAAAAUAUGAGAAAAACCGGGGGGGGGGAGAACCUAGGAAAAACGGGAAAUUAUUACCCUUUCCCGAAUUUUUUUUCGCCACAGCAAUAGCAUGUAUUAUUAUUGUGUUUUCACGCAUAUAUAUUAUUAUAAUGCAGAAUAAUUGAGUAUCUUUUAUUCCUUAUACUCUGUACAAUUCUGCGCCUAUUUCUACGGAAACAUUUCCGUACAAUAAAAUCAACGGGCGAAAUUGAAUUGAAUAAUACGUUAAUUUGUGCCAAUUGCAUAAAUUUAAUAUUUUAAAUAAAUAGGAUAAAGAAUUUUUCUUCGAUUUAGGAGAAAAAUCACGUGUAAUACGUAUCAUAUGUAAUAAUAAUAUUUUAUUAGACAAACAUACAUUAUUGCGAAAUUUGUAAAUAUAAAAUACGAAAAAAAGUAAUAAUACUGUAACUAAUUAUUUUUAAACUGAUAAUUAUUAAACAGUUUUUUAUUUUUCUUGAUUUUUGCCAGUAUAUGUCAUAAUUAUUUUGAACUAUGGACACUUUGCUAUUUUUUUUUUCGAUCGAAAUUAAUACUAUUUGACAACAUAUAUAUUGCGAAACAGUGUAAUUCUUCAAAAUGUUUUUUUAUAAUUUUCAACUUUGAAAAACUUUUUCUUUCGUCAGUCGCCGAUGUUACGGAUAUUGUUAAUAUAACUUUUAAUGCGACACAAGUACAUAUUUGAAGAAGGACUCAACAUUUUUGUUCAGCGGUGAUAAAAUAUCGAAUGACGUACUAUUUUCAUCAUUCAUAUUUCUCAGAAUAAUUAAUUCGCCAUAAAACGCAAUAUCAUCUACAUCUUUUGAAAAGUUAUUUCAAAAUCUUUACAGUUGUUUAAAAGAUCGUUAUUUUUCAUAUUUUUUAAUAUUGUUCAAUAUUAUACGGGAAAUCGUUCUUUAUUGAACUCAACGCUUAGUCGAUGACUAAAAAAAAAGUUUGAAAAGGAGUUCGGCAUUUUCUGUUACUUCGCCGUGCCCUUCAUAGCUGAAAUACGACUUUUUCAUUCUUUUAUGAGGUUUUUUGAAAUUCUCGGUUUCUUUCUUAUACUCUAUAUAAAAAAUUUACAUUAAAACGCCACCACUGCUCUGGAAUAAUAAAAUAUUUGUAAUAAACCCUGUGCCAGACCCCCCUCCCUUUAGGGGUUUAAAUUCAUAGCCACUAAGGGAAAAGUAGCCCGUAUGUUAUUCCUGGUCUAGAACUACAUAAUAUCCAAACGAAAUUCUAACUCUACAAUCCGUUCGUUUACCUACUAAUUACUACUAUUUACUACCUAUAGUUUUAGCACGAAGGAGUGACAAACAUUCAUCCAAAACAAAAUUUCGCAUUUAUAAUAUUAAUACGGACAUGUUUAUAGAGGAGGGGUUGGGGGUUCAAUCCCCAUCCCCCACCCUCCUGAAAAUUACUCGAAAGUUGAAAACUGUAAACAACAUAUUAUUGUGUUUAUCAAAACACAAGACGUAUCUCAACUAGAACAAAUUUCGUUUUGUGUUCGAUACGUUCAUAGAUAAAGAGUUAAACUGGACUCUGGAAGAUAUUUUGGAAUUUUCAACUGACCACGAUAUCGGAGAGAAAUGGUUUAUAAUAAUUGUGAUUUAAAAAAAAAAUAUAUCUCGAAUUCGGUUUAUCGGUAUAAUGUUACGCAAUGUUACGAGUUCUAAUUUACAACUUAUAGGGACACCAACAAAUAUCGCGCAGAGAACAUUGCGUGAUUGUAUUACACGUAAUAUUGGUUAUUGUUAGUAUUUCAAAAAUUCCCCCUUCCCCGAAAUGACUGUAUCGAUAUUCUUAGAAAUGAAAUAUUUAAAUUGAAAAUCGAAUUGCACAAUACCGAAUGUCGUUGGAAAAAAUAAAAACAACUUAUUUUUUAUUUUUGACUUACUUAAAAUAAGAUUUUAGUAUGCGGUAUCAUAUGAUACCACAGUGCAAUAUUGAAAAAAUAAUUCAAGUAUUACAAUUCAGUGGAAUCAUAUGAUGAUGCCGCCGUGCAUGGAGAGGUUUUACAUUAAGAGUUAUUUUAGGAGUUGUUUAACUCGUUGUAAACUUACGUCAUUUCGGUACUCCGGUUUGUAUCGGUCUAUUUUAUUAUUACCCGUAUCAUAAUUUGUUUUUCUCAGAAUCUCAGGUAGUUCAUCAAUUCCGACACCUAAUAAUUUAUUAAAAUAUCCACUUAUAUUUGACGCAUUAAUAUUUAAAUUAUAUUUUGAUUUGGCAAUUAUGAUUUAGCGUAAACAAUAAUUAUUACACGGUACGACUUGGAUAUCGACUUCAUAUUGUAAUAGACAAUUUUUUUUUUUUUUUUAUAAAUACUUUCCUAUUGUACCUAACCAAUAGAAUACAUCGAUUUUAUUUAAAACAAUGUGUAUUACUUAAAAUUCAAAAUUAUUUUAAACGUUAUAUUAAUAUACGUAAUUAUAUUACCUACACGGGGUGUCCCACGAGGAUUCGACAAAUGCAAUAAUUUUUGUUCAAUAUUUAAAUGGUUAUAUUUUGUAAUAAUUACUAAAGCCUUGCGUUGUGGUUCAAUGGUCAAUGUUUUUAAUAUAUAUACUUUAAAUAACUAUUGUGCUUCAGCGCUACAAUUAUAUAUGAACAUUUUUUUUUUUAGUGGUGAGGGGAUUUAUAGUAAAAAAAUUUUUUUUAAAAACAUUCAAAAUAGCCAUUUUGUAAAUUAGAUUUUUAGAAAAUGUUUGAUGGUUGAUAAAAUAUGGUCUUUUAUUUUCUACGAAGUCUUUUUCGAAGUUUUUGUAAAUGUGAAUAUUACAAUAUUUAAUCUGUAUUAUUAGUCAGGGGGGCACAUGACAAGGAUUUUCUUUUCCGCGAAUUAAUACCAUGCGAUAAUAUUAUCAUAGUAUAAGUAUUAUGUAUUGUCAACCAAUCAAUAAUGGUAAUUUAUGUUGUAAAACAACAUUGUUACGAUUAAAAAGAAAACUGUUCAAAUGUUGUCAACAAAUCGUAGAAAAUGUAAGACCAUACUUAAACAAUAAACCACUUAAACCAUACUGAAACUUAAGUAUCACCGAAAAAAUUUCUAAAAAUCUAUUUGUACAAAAUGGCUAUUUUGAAUCUUUUUUAAAGGAAAUUAUGCUUGGCGAAAUUUUUAAUUUUUAUUUUAAGUCCCACUCCCCCGGAAAAAAAAAAAAUGCGCAAACAUAAACUGUAGCGCAGAGGCAUAGUUAUUAAUUAAAAAAAAAAUAAAUAAAUAAAUAAUAUAUCGAAUAGAACAAAAGUCAUUUCAUUUGUCGAACCCCCGUGGGACACUGUGUAUACAGGUAGUAUAAUAAUUUGAAAUGUUGUAUUAUGGUAUAUAUUUGAUCGCAUUAUAAUGUCGAUACAUAAAUUUGUUGUCUGUGCAACUAUAUUAUUUGUUACGUAAUUAAAUGAGGGGAAAACGGAAAGCUGCUGGUAAAAACGUGUAGGUGGCAGAAUCGAUAGUUUGUUUUUAGACCUCCUCCUGCGCCGAUAGGUCCCCCCAUAUUGCGUAUUAAUAACGGCUUUUCGGACACAUUGUGUUUUUGAACUCAUAAGACGGUAUCACGUCCGUUUCGUGACAAAAUGUGCAGCAUGUGUAUUACUACGGUUGUUCUCGUGACACCAAUUGUUCACGCCGACACUGCCGAGAUUAAACUAUAUCAUAAUAAUAAUAAUAAUAAUAAUAACAAUAUUAUUAUUAUAACUCAUAUUAACGUCUUGUUUUACUCCCCGUUCGCCUAAUCUGUAUAAUAUUUUGCAUAUUAUUGCGUUUUCGGGUGUGCGACGACCGGGCAGCAUUAUAAUCGCAUUACAUUAUACCCGCGCCGCCGCGCGCCCGGUACUGCAGCGUAGGUAGACACCAAUAUUUGUCUGUGUAAAACAAGACGUUUUCGGAAUAAUAAAUAUUUAAAAUGCUUUUAGAGGGUUGACGUGCAAAUGGCGAAAGGGUCCCGUGAAAAGGUAUACCUGUGCGUUUUGUGUGUAUAUAGUGUACACCUAUCUACAUGUAUACCUACUCCUUUAGUAUAAUAAUACGCAUUUGAUCUCGUCGACCUUCUGCCGAGGCGCGCCAUUAAUCCGGCAGCAACGCGCUCCAAUCGGCGGCACGUUCACGGGGUAAGACUCAUCCCAUUGGGUCGCAUAAAUGUACAAAAUUAAAAAAAAAAGAGAUUUUAAUGUCAAAGUUUUAAAAACUUAUUUCAGAAAUAUAAACUCGAAAAACCGAUUAAAUUGAUCGUAUACCUCUCCCCAAUAUACACGGGCAACUAGGUGUGGCGGUUGUAGUUGUUGAUGAAAUCAUUGUUGACGAAUUGGCGUUGAAAAAACAGCGGUCGGAUUUUUCACUGUGAAUAUUUAAUGUUGCUGUUAUAUUGAGUAAAAGUUACGUUGGAAAAAUGUAUUUACUUGUAAUUUUUCAUGGGUCACACCAAAUAUGUUUACACAGAGACAAACUCGUUUGUCUGGAGUCAAAAGAAAUUUUGUUGCGUAAAUCGUGGUUUAAAUUUGAUCUGUUGAUAAAAAUGUAAAUCAUCAAGAGUUAAAUUACUGGCCCAUUUAUCGCCCUGUAGAAAUGAAAAGUAGAGUGUAAUGUAGUAAUUUCGUUUUUUUCUGUUAGUUUUAAGAUCAAAUUUAUGGCCUUUCAAAUCAUGCAUAAAAUUUCUGAAUCGUUUUUCGUUUGCAAUGGUUUAUCAUUGCAGAUAUAAACUAAAUAACUUUACGUAUUCUAUCUUCUACACUUUUCAUCUAUAGCAGAAGCGCACCCGUUAGCAAUAUCAGCUUGUUUUGCUUGUGACACAUACAGUUUUUCACUAUAGCAUAAUGAAAAUUACAUUGAUCAUUUGGUAUAUAUAACUUAAAAAUGUAUAUUUUGUUAUGCAACGACAUCUUUUAUCACCUAUGUUUGGACCCCUCCCCCUCUCUUUGACAAAUCCUCGUUGGCCACACGCACUUAUAAUGUACCUGUUCCGAACGAUAUUAAUAACUUCGUCAAUUAAAAACGCGUUUCAAACACUCUCAAAAAGUGUUUGAAUAUCGGUUUUAUUAUUAUUAUUAUUAUUUUUUUUUUUUUUAAUGGAAAAAAAACUAGCUAUCGUAUUGCGUCAUCGAAACUUCAUUGAUGUUACGAUUCGUAAAACCGAUUUUCAAUACUUCACGCAUUGUCAAAUGAUACCUUACUAAUACUCAUAAAACGAAAAGUGUUUUAUCCGGAUACGCCUAUAUUUUACCGUCGUUCGAUUUCGGAUUUUUGUUCGUUUGCAAAUCAAAUUGUGCAUUUAAACUACGCCGUUUAAAAUAAAAAUUAAUUAUCUCGAAAUUAAUUACCUCUUUGUUUGAAUUGAUACCGCUGUAGGACCGAAGCCCUAUCUACGUGUAUAAAUUAAUUGUAAUGCGAUAGUAAGCAGUCGAAAAUAACGCGUAUUGUUUUCAGAUACCGUACAUUAUUAGUAUUAUUAUUAUUUUGGCUAUUGCAUAUACGGCAAGCUCUAUUAUAUUUUCUUCCCGGAUGCCUUAUCGUGUUUUCUCGUCUGAACUGUUUUUGUAAUUUUGUAGACACAAGUAAAUACGUUUGUGCUCCGUAAAAAAAACUCCGUUGCAUUGCACUAUAGGAAAAACGGUAUGACUCGAAACCGCCAUUUUUCGAGUAACGAAACGCUUGAUUGAUUCUGUUCUGACAGUGGUAAGAUAUUAUGCAGCGCAUUGUGUGUAUUUAUAAUAUGCCGUAUUUAUCACAUCAUAAGUGCCAAUAGAGUUGUGAGAUUUGUGAGGGGAGGGGGGGUUGAAGUCCUGGCUACUUAAUCGAGCAAUUAUUGUGCGAGUAAUACUGCGAGUAACCUUUUCCGGUUAUAAUUUUAUCAAUAUAAAUUAUAAUGUACCUAUCAAUGUAAUUAAUCAACUAAUUAAAUCGAUACAAAAUUAUUGUUUUUUGUAAUCAAAUUUAAUAAUAAAGCAUAUUUUUUAAUGCAUAUUAUAGGGUUUUUACGUACAUAAGUGCUUACAUAUUUAAUGUUUUUUUUUUUUUAAGAGCUACACGUCCUCUGCUCUAAUUACGAGCUACAAAUUACAAUGUACAAUAUAACAAUGAUAUUGUAAUUGAUAAAUAACAUCUACGAUAAAUACGAUUUGUUCAAUCAUGAAUUAAGAAAAAAUCUUAAAAAUAUGAAAACGAAUGCACAGUAAAAUAAUUCCACCACUUUCAUAUUGUUUGAUUGCCGUAAAAACCGUGACUGUUCUUUUUCAAUUUUCAUCAAUGAUAAAUUCAUUGGUUAUAAUUUAUAUUUUGUUACAAACAAAUGUUUUACCGUGCAGCAUAAACUAUUAAGAAAUUAAAUAAGUAGAAAAAAAAAACUUGGAAUAGUUUUGGGAAAGCUAUUAGAAUUUUUGGGAUCGCAUAUGAUUUAAAAUAUUUAAAAAAAAAACCUGCACUUUUGGUCACUUUUACAAGUUAAUGUUCAAUGUUUUUUAGGGCAACGAAAUCGUUGUAUAUUACGACAUGUCGACACCGAAUAAACCUGACGAUAUCCGUUUGAUUUAUUUCUUUUUCAGACAAAACGCCGUCAGGGUGUACAACUGCACGUCCGGCGCGAGGAAUCCGUUGCGCUGGGAAGAACUCGGCAACCUGUGCCAAUACCAUUCGCUGACCGCUCCUUCCAAGUACUUGCAAUGGUACCCGGGCUUCUCGUUCCGAACCAACCGCAUGGUGCACAGACUGUGCGAGAUCCUCUUCCAUUUCGUGCCCGCCUUUAUCCUGGACAUCGUUCUCCGGCUCACUGGUUCCAAACCCAUGUAAAUACUAUUGCGCUUGCCUAAUAGAAUCGUUUAUAAAAUAAUACCCCGGUGUCGUACACUGUAUAACGGAGUUUAGAGGUUAUAUCUCCCUGCCCCCCCCCCCCGGAUGGCUUAAAAAUAUAAAAAUUCUAAAUAUUUGCUUAGCACAGUUUGAUCUAAAAAUGUUAAUAUUUUGACCAAGCGCUGUACAUGGAAAAGUUUGAUUUAUUGAGUAAACAUUGACCCGUCAUUAAACCGUCAAUGGUUUUUUUGACGGGACCGGCUUUUAAAUUACAAUCUCCUAUGCUUAAGAAGAAGUUGUUACGAAUUUUCGUGAUUAAUGACUAUUAUUUACUGUACAUCCCCUCCCAUUGAAACAUUGUCACUGAAAUAACCUCAAUAUCAAUAUGAUACUCAGUAGUCAGUAUAAUCGGCCAAAUUUUUUCCAUCCGGAAAAGGGUGUUGACAACAAAGCUGAGCAAGUUACUUAACUUUAGUAACUGAGUAAGUUACAAUCACUUUCCUUAAUUAAGUAACUUAGUUAAUUUACAAGUUCUUAUAAAUAAAAAAAAAAAUAAGUUAAGUUACUAGUUACUAAUCAAAAAUGUACAAGUUACAAAAUUACAAGUUAAAGUUACUUUUUUAAUUUGCUUCUAUUUUCUGUUUACUAGUAGUUACAAUAGUUACUCGUCAAAAAUGUACAAGUUAUAGCAUUGAUUUUAGAUAGCAUAAAUAGCUCACUGACCGGUUUUUCGACGGGAAAACUCCUGGGAAAAUUAAAAAAUGACCUCCUUAAAGUACCUUCCUAGUCAGAUUUCUUUUCAGAAAAAAUGCUAUUAUUGUAAAUUGGAGCAAAAUGUCUGGUAGAAAAGUUAUCCUCAGAAAAAGUAAAUAAAUAAACAUCAUUGUAAAACCAAUAUAUUGCUCGCUCCACUCAGAAUCAAAAAAAAUAGAAAGUAGGCGAAUCACAACGCAAGUCUUUAGUAAUUGUUAUAAAAUAUACAAAAUUUAGACAUUAAAUAGAACUAAAGUUAUUGCAUUUGUCGAAUCUUCGUGAGACAUCCUAUAUAAUAUAAUAGUGUAUUUGGCAUUAUACUUACGUAGGUAUUUAAAUUUGAAUAUAUUAGAAACUUAUUCCCAUCAAAUUUCAACAGUUUGCUAACAAUAUUGAUUAUGGUUUUACGGGUUACAUUUCGUUUUAUUAGUUUUUAUUUCAUUUUAUGUACCUAGCACUGAAAAUGUACCUAAACUUAGUAGUCUCAGCACUACAAAUUUUAACUUUAUGUACUUUUAAAAGUCUUCCUAUUAAAUUUCAACAAUAUAUAACAAGUGCGAGUAGGGUUUGACUUAAAGUUGUUAUCUCGAAAUUGUGCUAUAUUGUAGUUAUAGUGUAAGCUGCACAUUGGUACUUUUUUAAAACCGUUAAAAUCAAAUUUGUAAUUUUAUUUUAUUUAGAAUAAUGAUAUGAUGAAAUGCUUAGGUACGUUUGAAAUUAUCGCGUACUUCUACUAUAUUUUAUGAAUGUCUUCAAAACGUAUAGCCGAAUGCCGAUUAGCGGUUAGUUAGGGACCUUAUAAAUUAUAAUGUUGCGUGAUUACUGGCGAUUUAUAAUUUAAAUUAGAAUAAUUUACACGCGUAGAAAAAAAAAAAAAAACACCGUUUGAGGCUGCUGCAGCUUAGUGUGGUAAAUGGCCGACACGUUAAGUAAACACUUAAUCAUAAUAUAUUAGGUAUCUACGUUAAAAAGGCAAUGAAUUAUAUCUUCUUUUUUUUUCUUUUUUUAAUACACUGCUAUAUAAACGAUCUUUCGCCGUAAAUAUUAAACCGUUUUCUUUUACAAAUUUUUAAAUACCGCGGGAUUAAUAUUAAUAUUUCGUUGAUAGGUUUAAGAGGUGUAUACCAGCUAUUAAUAUUUUACUUAGGUGUAACGAAAUUGGAUAAGCAUUGAAAUUAGUAUUAGAAAUAUGAACGGCGUCUAUUAUUAUAUAGGCCUCUACCAAUCACUCACAGUUAAAUUCGAAUAGGGUCAAAGAACAAUACAAAUAAUAAUUAAUAAUUAUAUAUAUUUAAACCUACUGGCUACUUUAGUACCUGUAUAAUAUUCUGGAAUGUCUUGGACAAAUUUCAUUGUGUCUCGCUCUUUUCAGUUCUGAGCACAUCGAAGAAUUUGUUUUUUGUAUGUGUGUGUGUGUGUGUGUGUGUGUGGGCGAACGACUUUUCAUCUAGAAAUAUUAGAUACUUCGAUUUGAUGAUUUUUCAAUUGUAACGUCUCUUCUUAAAGACAAUUUAAUCUGUUUGAUGUGUUCGGAUAUCGUUUUUUGAUUCGACUGGUCGUUUAAUUAAUCACUGUGAAAAAACAGUAAAGUUUACGAAACUGACAGUUUCAUUAUUUACGAUUUGAUUUUUUUUAUUGCAAUUUGGUUAAAAAUAAUCGUAGAGAUCUGAAAUUUCUCUGAAAAGGCUCAAACACUAGGUACAAUGUAUAUUUUCAAUUUACGAAACUAGAUGCACAAUGACUCACAGUUUCAUUAUAUUCGUAAUUAUUACAGAACACGAAUUAUAAAUAUGUGGGACGCAGGGGCAGAUUUAAAGAAAUAGAGGCCUUGUGCUCUAAUUUGGGACCCUUUUUAAAUAAAAAAGAAAAGCUUGAUAGAUAUAAACAAAAAAUAUUUGAAAUUCAAUACCUAUUUUAAGUAGUAGAAUAUACCAAUAAUGCAAGUUUAAUCUGUAAAUUACAAUUUUAAAAAGUUAAUAAAUAGUUAAUUAGUAAUCGAUAUACAUUUUUUAUCUUGAUUUUUACAUAUUCAGCAAUAGUGUCUUCAAAAAGAUAAAUUGAUUUGUAUUAAAAUGAUUAAUUGUCAAAAAUAAUAAAGAAUUCAGUUACUCUUGUGUUAAAGAAGUACGCAUUCAAAUUUGUUUACAUUUAACUGCAGAAAAUGAUAUAGGUGCAUAGGUAAUAUAAUUAAAUAAAAAAAUAUUUUCACAUUCUUAUUUCAUGAUAAUUACUUAUUCAAUAAUCAUUUGUAGGUUCUUAUACAAAUAUUUAUUUAUUUUUUUUUAUUUAAUGGGAAGGGAGAUUCAACUGAGAAUUUAGGGGGCCUUGUGCUCGUGCAUCACAUAAAUCAUGGCAUGGUAAAACGCGGGUAGAUCUAUAGUUUUGUGAUUAAGAAACAUGUAAUACUCAUAUCUAUUGACUUAGGUACACAACAUAGCAAAAUUGUCACUUUUAAAAUACAAAAACACAUGUCGUGUUUAUAUUGGAUAUUGGAGUUUAAUCACAAAUAACACAUUUUCAAGAAUUGAAUUUAUUAGUUGUUUAAAUUCUAAUUUUAUCCUAAAUGCCAAAACAGACAGAUCGAUUUAGUCUAUUAUGUGUAAAAUGUACAUAAUGCAAAUCUUUUUUGGAUAGGAUGUUGAAAAUCUACCGGCGUUUUAAGAUGGCAGCGCGAACUGGAGAGUUCUUUGCAUUGCAUCAGUGGGACUUUAUCAGCAAAAACAUUCAGGAACUGGACAGGGACACCAACGCUGCUGACAGAGCUGAGUUCCCAGUUGAUAUCACGCAGGUGGUAUGGGACACAUAUGUCAAGGACUACGUAUUUGGUAUCCGGAACUUUGUGCUCAAAGACCCGCCUUCCACAAUACCACAGGCUUUAUGCAAACUCCAGAGGUUUUUUUUUAAAAAAAAAUACUUUUCAAAAGCCCUCUGUCAUCACUAAAUUAUCUAUUUGUUUUUUAGAUUCUACUGGAUGCACAGGAUGGCUCAGUGCGCUCUCGUUGGGAUAAUAAUACAUAUUCUAAAAUCAAAGUGAUGGAUGCCAAUUUUUUAAUUUUUAUUAUUUCCAUUGUCAACCUAAUACUUUUGACCACAUAUUAUGGUUUUCCACUAAUUAUUACACUUAUGUAAAAUACAUAUUAUUAUUAUUAUUAUUAUAAAAGGUAAUAAAUAAAUAUUAUAUAGAUAUUAGAAAUUAGAAACAGUUGAGAAAGGUAAAUGAAACAAUAUUUGAUAGGUUUUUGCUUUUCUCCCACAAUAAGUUAGGAAGAUACUUAUACAAUAUAUGACACUAAUACAUACAUACAAUAAUAAUAAUAUAACUUAAGUUACAUAAAAAUUAAUCCAUAAAUGAUCAUUAUAUCAGUAUGACAAAAAAAAAAAUAAAUAAAUAAAUAACUACAUAUUACAGGUAAAUAAUAUUACAAUGUAUAAAUUAUGUGUGUAAGAGUGUGUUUACAUAAAAUUAUAUUUACUAUGGACACAAUUAUAAAUAACAAUAAUGAAUUUUCCAGAAAAAAAAAAAAUAGAACAAAUAAUAACGGUUUUUUCAAAAAUAAAAAUGAAUAUUUAGUUUAAAAUCUAAAAUAAAUUCCAAUGGUUAGGAUAAAAAAUAGUCCUUAGUUAUUGUUAUUCCUUUUAACCAUAAUCACAUUCAAAUUUAUAUUAUAUGUAGAAUAAUUAUAAAAUAAUCCAACAAGAUAUGACACAUUAAACAAGAGUUUAAAAUUAUAAUUCUAUAGGUAUCAUAAUAUCAUACCUGUGAGCAGCAGUAUACAUAAUGUUACAAGAUCACAAUAAUUACAUAGUAUUGUAUAGUAUAAAAGAAAAAAAAAUACAGUUGUAUAGGUGCAUACCAGGCACGAUGUCUUGUCAAUGGAUACAAUAAUCAAAUAGUUAAUUUUUGGGAGAAACGUAAAUAAUAAUUUCAAAUAAACAUAAAUAAUACACAAGUGUGUAAAAAUAAACAAUAAAUAAUAAUAAUAAUAAUAGCAAUAACUAUUUGGAAACUAUUUUAACAUUUCUAGUUGAUAAAAAUGGAACGAAGAACUUAAUAUUUAAUACUUAAGUGGCUAAGAUGUGCUUUAAUUCUACAAAAAGUUACUCCUAGAGUAACUCCUAUUAUAUUUUUAACCUAUUAACUGUAUAACAGUGAUGGAAAUUCACUAACUAAUAAUUUCCAUUUUUAACAUAAGUCUUAUUAGAGUUAUAGUUUUUUUUCUUCCUCUCUCCAAUCUAGCCAACAUUUUGCAGCUCCCGUUUCACUAAUCGUGUAAGCAACUGAAAA